GUACAGUAGAUCAAAGUGAGUAUCCACCCGUUUUCCAUCGCAUUUCUGUGUACUGGCAAACUGACAAGGCUGGCUAAAGAUUAAAGAAACAUAUGACAUCAGUAGCUACCCCCUACGGAACCUGCUAUUUAAAAGAAAUUAAUAAAUUAAGGGUUAUAUUAAACCAUUUCUUUUGUUAUUUAAUUCAGCAUUUCUAAAGCUGGAGAAUCUUUGGAUUUCCUUGCCUUUUGGCAAAUCGAUAUGGCUAAGAUUCAAACCAGUUGUUAUAGAUUGAUAGGAAGCUGCAAUGUCAUUAACUAAAAAGAUUCCUCUCUGUACACCGGGACUACCAUUAUCUAGCUCAUUGUGAAUGAUAAACUGAACUUAUCACAGUGGACCUUUAAAGGUUAGAAGGGUGUUUUAGGUCUAUGUAUUACAUGAGUAUGUAUUACCUUUAACAUCUGCAUCAACACAGUCAUUAAGAAAUUUUUUUAAAAAAUAAAUACUUAUUGGGCUAUGUACAAAAAUGAGAAUUUGUUCAAAGUGAAUUUCCAAUUUAAUGCCAAAUUAGCCGAAAUAAAACAAUGGCUGAUUAGCCAAUUUUUCCAGUUUGACUAUUUAAAAUUUAAAAUUUACUUUGAAUUCUCACUUUAGUAAAGAACCCUGCUAGAUAUUUCAUUACAUGAUAUAUUGAGUACAAAGCUUAUAUUUUCACUUUCCAUGUACAUGUCACUUCUGUUUUUAGAAGUGGUCAUGGUGAUAGGAAUCUGUAUGUGCAGAGUAUCUGCUUGAAAUGCUGCACAGACAAAUAAAUAUUUACACUUUUGUGCCAUACUUGACCUGGGCAUCUCCGAAUUGCCUGAUCUUAAUUCUGUGCAAAAAUACAUCUGUAGUCAGGGCACACAGCUACAUUCCAGUAGCACAUGAUAAGCAAACUCCGUAGCAUCUUCAGAUCUAAAACAAGUAUGGAUCUAUGUGAAAAAGACAAUAAUAUUUCAAAUCAAUGCAUUCUGGUUAGGUGUUCUUUUAAAGAUUUCUACCGGCAUUAAAUCCAGCAUUGUGCAUCCUCAGAAUAUUAUUGGCUGACUGAGCAUCAUUGGAAAUGUCAUUACAAACAUGUGGGUGCCAAGGCUGGCUACCUGAUACUUUACACAGAGUAGCUUACUACCGUGAAUUAUGUACAUGUGUUUUCUGGCAGCAGUGGGCUUGUCUAACUUGGCAUGGGUUCCAGUAAUUAGUAUGGGUUACGUCAUGUUUCUUUUUUCAGUUCUAUAAAUCACAUGCUAGACAAUGAGAAUAUAUCUUCAAACGUCUGCUUUGGUUAUUUAUAUAUUUUUUUUAAUAGAACUAAAGUAUUCUAUUGAAUAUAUGGUUUUCAUAUUUCCAGCUGUGUUGGCAACUUAUCCAGGAUGUAGCUUUGUUUCCCUACAGAGUGUCUCUUAGAUCACACAGGAAUUCUAAUGCUAUCAGGUGUGCUCAGUAUUCUACUCUCUAUUCAUGGUGCGCUGGCUUAUACAGAUAUUAUGGUCCAGCUGCAGUAGCCUACUAGACUAUCUUGUUUUUUUACUUAAUCUAUAGCGAAGGUAGCUUUCGUGUUGUUUGGUCACAUUACUAAAUAGUCAUAUUGUUUUUUUCCAGUAAAAAUAAUCCACCUAUAAAGUAUUUUGAAAAUAAUUUAUCAGUGAUAGCCCCUGUUAAAUAAUCCCUACUAUAGGCAAUGUUUCUUUAAAUGCUAUACUUUUUAAUAUCUUCUUUAAAAAAACAGAAUAAUAUUCCCUUUAAGUUACUUUUCUAGAUAGUUUUUUUAAUUAAAUGUCUUAAGGUAAAACUUUCUCUUUGUAUAUAGUGUUGUAGAAUAUUUGUUUUGAUGCUGAACUAAAAUAAAUAAUAAUAACCACAGUAUGGCUCUGGAAUAAUUACCCUGAAAGAUAGGGCUUUGUCCUACUAUGGUCCUCUCUGCCAGGGGGCUCUGGAAACACCGCCCCUGGUGGCCGCCCCAGCCCACUGCUCCACAGGAGUCCCUCUACUAUCAUUCAGUCCGGGCAUGGCCAGUUCUCCACCAUUGGCUCAGGCAGGGGUCAAGAGGUUUACGAAUUUGGUAGAUGAUAUAUGACGCAGCCAGUAAAAUGAUCUCUGUAUUUUGCCAAUAUUGCCUUCAAAUCUUCAAAUGUCCUUGUGUCUUCCACCAACACCACACAUCGCCUGAAUGGGGGAGUACAUGGUUUCCUCCAGAAAGCAUGGAUUUUUUCACCUUUGCAGCAAAAAAGGAGUUAGGGAAACACAUACCAUUUGUAUGCCGGGGUCGACAUGGUAGUAUGGUGAAGAAGAAAUGGUGCUGGCGUCAUCGGCAGAGGUUCAUCUGACACCUCCCGUAUCACCUAUCCGAUCGCCUCCCAGAAUGGUCUGACAAGAUCACAUUCCCACCGUGUAUGUGUGAGAGUCCCUACUGCAUCCCUGCAGAACUGGCUUAAAAUUUGCAGUUCUCUUGUUAAUUCUCCAUAAUUUCUAGUUUAGUGACUGAGCCCAAAUAAUGCAUAACUAAGAUCUUGUUAUAGAUUACUGAAGAAAUGGGCAAGUAUAGCAGUAUAUACAUAACAAAAUAAUAACCAAUUGCUAGAAAAAUUCAGCAGUAAAUAUCGAAACUACACUUGCUCACAAAUUAGCAUCAGCUGAUACGAACAAAUCAAAAUGUCUUUUCAUUUGUGUAGAAAUGAAUCGACCCAUCUCGGAUUUAUCUAUGUAGUCUUUCAUAGAAUAAGAUUCCACAGGUAAAUCCAGGACGGAUUAAUUUGUUUGGGUGCAGAUUAAGGGAAAUUUGAUUUGUUUGUACAAUAGAAAACCAUGGAUACAUCAGACACAUUAUGCUGCUUUCUUCAUUUUAAGCAUUUUUGUUUAUAUUUUAACUCCUUAAGCGCACAUGAUGGAAAUAUUCCGUCAUGAUUCCCUUUUAAUCCAGAAGUUGUGUCCUUAAGGGGUUAAAUCUGCUUGCUGCUCACAUGUCCCUUUACAUAGGAAUUCCACUAGUUUUGAUUCACAUCAAUAUAAAUAAUUUGAACUAAGACUAAUUCAAAAUAAAUGGUAGGAAGUAGCUGCUACAAUAGCUGCUACGCAUGUUGGAAUAAGGCUGUUCAUGACUGCCAGUAAUUUCUAACAUAUUAUUUACCGAUAAACAUAGCCCUUAUUCUUUAUAAUACAGCAUAUAAAUAAUCCAUAACACAAUUAGUAAUCGGGAUACAUACUGUGCCUUGAGAUAUGCAAGGAUCGGGGCACAGCAGACUCUAUGUGAAUUAAGGGGAAUUUAGGAAAUUAAUGUAGCUAUCAUAAAUAUGAUAAGAUUGUGCUGACAAUCAUGAUACUGGUAUAUGUGUAGAGUACUGCAGAAAUGCUGGCACUUGGACAGAACAGAGUUUGCUAAAUGUACUUGUGAAUGCACUUUUUUCAGAUUUUACUUUAAUGGUCCAGAGAUUUGGGGAAAUAAAUUGGGAUUUAUUUGCCAGAUCCUGGAAGAUUGGAAAGAACAAAAGAAUGAUUAGCGCACAUUCACAAUGUACGCUUUUAUAUAACUCACUUUUUUACCCCAGUAUAGCUAUAAAAUAUAAGCUAUAUAGUAGAGCAAUCAACACACCCGCACUAGAUGCGUGUUAAACCUGCGAUGAAAAUAUUGCUGUUCCAAAAGAAUGGUAAGGUGUUAUAUAGCAAGCUUGAACAGACAGCAUCACUGCAACCAGACCACUUCAUUGAGAUGAAGUGGAUUGGGUGGCUUUAUUGUCCAUUUAGAGGGACACUAUAGUCUAUAGUGAUAGACAGCCACUGGAGGCAGUCUUAGUCUUGCAAGGUAGUUAUUGCAGUUUCUCAAAACUGUAAUAAUUUACAAUGCAGGACAAAGUGGGACAGGGUCACUGCACCCAGACCACUUCAAUGAGCUGAUGCAGUCUGGGUGCCUAUAAUGUUACUUUUAGUAAAGUGCUCCUCCAAUGAUGUAUGAAAGCUCUGUAUUUAUUUAGUCAGUGACAAACAUUGUAUAUUUCAACCCAUAUGGAUCUUUGUCAAAAUAUAAGUGAAUAAAUACAAUAAAAGCGCAUUAUCCCAGGGCCUGAUGUACACUUUGAAAUAAGAAGUAAUAAUUGUUUUUGGUACCACAGGAUGGAAGAGCCAUGAAGAGUAAACAUUAGUUGCCAACAUCAAAGCAAAACCUAUGCUAAGUCACUUUGGCUAUUUUCAACUCAAAGGCAAAUCUCUAAUUUAAAAAAAACUUGUGACAGAACCGCAGUUCUGCCACUAAGCAGAGACAUUCACCCAAAUUUCUCACUUAAGAGCUAAUGCCACUCUCCCUGGUUUUCCAUUUACCAGGCACAGCCCCAGAGAACUCGCUCACUCCAACCCACCUGGUGAUUGAGGCCCCUCGCGGAAAGCUGCGAGUCUCCUAACGCUCACUCUGGCCGGCUGCAUGGAACUCGCCAUCAGGUCGGAAAUCAACCGCGGCCAGCUAAGACUUUAACCUGGUGACGACUCUACACCGUGAGUGCAACGAGAACACUCUUUGAUCGAUGGAGGUGAAGGGGGAGAUAAGACAUGCCGUUUCAUAUGUUUUGGGGUAUAUUGUAAUGGCGCCCUGAUGGAUACUUAACUUAACAGUUAUUGAUCUUGUUAUCUCCCACACUCAAAGGUGCCAGAUUGGGCCAUGGACCUCCUGUUGGGUUUGUGUGUAUAAAAGUGUUUAACAAAUGUUGGCAAUUUUAAUUGAAAAAAAAUAGCUUAAUUAUAAAAGAUUCUUUAUAAUCUCCUAGAUGAUAAUAUACAUUGGCUUUAACUGAACUAGAUGCACCUGGGUCUGGAGACAACCAUACUUUAUGCAUGGUUUUAAAGUCGUUUCUGUUAUUGUUAUGAAUGAUUGUAUGUCCACGAUUUCCCAGAGGAUUAAAGGAAUGGAAAAUAAUCCAUUAGACACUCUUGUCAUUAGUUUAUUUGAUAAAGCUGAAAAGGUCCUGAAAACCUGUGCAAGGACAUGUCACUCACAAUUCUUCCAAUUUGUGAAUGCUUAUACAGUCAGUAUGUGAUUGAUACAAAAAAAAAAUGAAUAAAAUUACAUGCCUACCAAUAAUAUUAUCCACUAUGAUGUUUAUCAUCCACUUUAAUUAAACAUCCCCCUCAAUUGUUACAAUAUGUUUCUUUGUACUGUAUGUUGUACUUAUUCAAACCAGAUGCAAUAUUUCAUUCACUAUUAAAUGCAAUCCACUUACAGAAGAAUGAUGGAGUGCAGGUAAUUACAUUUUUAAAACAUUUUUUUUUCAUUUGGCAGCUACAAUGAAAUGCUGUUAAUAAGAUUAUUUUUAUAGAACUUAAAACCAACCUAGUAAUGUAUAUAAAUCUCUUAGAGAGUUAGCAUGGGGAGAGAUUAGCCUUCCGAUUUGAUACUGACAUGUGAGCUAUGUUAAUAAAUAUAAUAUUAUUAUUAUUAUUAUUAUUCCAUGUUAUGGCAUAUUUUACUUUUAAAAACGAAGUGGCAUCAGAAAAAUGCCUAUAUAUUUAAUCUGUAAUUUCAUCAUCUGCACUGCAGGUACAAUAUUCGUAAACUAUAUCUACAUAAUAUUUGCAUGUGUUGGAUAGAGCCUUUCCAUCACAGCAGCCAUAUGUAUCAUUGACUACUAGAGUUUUAGAAUUAUUAUAUGAUUCCUUUUGGACUACGUACUCUGCUACAUCUCUUUUUAUACUUCAUUGUCAUAACAUUAAUUGAUUUUCCAUACUAUUGUUGGCUUGUACAACAUAUCAGUAACUACAGGGUUAUUCACUAAGUUGAGAAUUCAAGGUGAAUUUAAAGGGAAUUUCAAACUUGAGGUUUGAAGAGUGAAUAAGAAAGAUUCUCUAAGCCAGCUAUCCUUCAAGUUCAGCUACUGUGGCCUUAAAUUUAUAAUUCACUUUAAAUUCUCACUUUAGUAUAUACAUAUAAAAUAUACUUUUAUAUAGUGAAAAAUAAAGAAUUACACUGUAUAGAUUGUAAUACAGGUACUCCUCACUUACUGACCGGGUUCCAUUCUUACGACCCGGUCGUAGAACAAAUUGGUCGGUAAGUGAGGAGUUGAGGGAUUCCCUGCUCUGGUGCGUUGAACCAAACCUGCUCCAUACCAACCUGGAUUGCUUACAACCCUACUUUAUCCUGCCAACUUGAAUUAUACAAACCUGCAUAACCCCUAUCUGGAUAUUGCUGCUACCUCCUAUUUACAAGGUGUUAUUUCCUUACCCUGAAACCUUAUUGUUCUUUUUACUUGUCUUACUAUGCUACCUAUACUUUUAUCUCUAGCUUUCUUAUUAUUUGCAAACAUCCUGAUUAUUUUCUAUAUAGGGCAUAUUGCCUAAACCUUUAUUUCUCUCACCUUCCUUCUCCUUAUUAUUUCAUUCUAUAAGUAAUCCUGCUGUUGUGUCAAUACCUACCAAUAAAACCUCUUUUGUUAACUCUGGCCAAAGUCUCCUAUCUGACCUGAACAAGAUCAUGACAGAUGGUUUCCAUAAAAUAUAAACUGCAGGUAUUUUAUUAGACGUAAACUCAAUGCCUUGUGAUUAUACUCCAGUAACACAAGAUUUAACUUAUAGUGACAACAGAAACACUACAUAAGAUAUAACUGUGCAAGUUAACAGGUAUGAAACGUUAAACACAAUGGCAUGUCAUUUCUCAAAGUGGUGAAAGGUGAUCAGGAGAACAUAAUUAAUAACCUUAGAAUGCUCUGGCUGCAGUUGCUCGGAGAUUAAGAUAAAUGUAUAUGCAAAUAAAUGCAAAUCAAUAGCUGAAACAUUCGGAUGCUACUCACAACAUUCACACAACAAUGGUAACAGAGGACAACUUCAAUGGCACUGAUACAGAGAUAGCUUCUGUUUCAAACCUAAGCCUUAAAGGAACACUAUAGUCACCCAGACCACUUCAGCUCAAUGAAGUGGUCUGGGUGCCAUGUCCCUCAGGUUUUCACCCUUCACAUGUAAACAUAGCAGUUUCAGAGAAACUGCUAUGUUUACAUAGCAGGGUUAAUGCAACCUCUAGUGGCUGUCUUCCUGAACGUCCAUAGGAAAGCAUUGAGAAAUGUUUUCCUCUGCACAGUUAGAAGGCGGCCGUGGCUCUUGCCGCGCAUGCGCAUUCCGCUCCUCUCGGGAGCUGACGUCGGCGGGGGAGGAGAGGUCACCAGCGCCGAGGGAGCCCAUAGCUGGAUUAAGGUAAACUGCUGAAGGGGUAUACCAAUAUUAAUUUUAAAUUAUUAUUAUUUUUUUUAAAUUCUUUAAUUUUUCUUGUGCAUAAGAUAACAUACAAGCUUGCAUAGCCACGACAGCAGACGCAAGCAUUUCAACAAUAUUUAUGUACGUGUCAGAAAAAUACAGCACAUUUUAUAUAUAUAUAUUGAGAAUAACAAGCUUUGAUGCAUUAGUAAAACGUAGUGUUAAUGCCAAGCUACAUAAGCUUAUUAAAAUAAUGGUUAUGCUUAGAGUUAUAGGUGUGUGGCAUAGCAUUUAUGAGGAGAGUAAUCGUUGUUACUUUGUUAAGCAGGCUGAGAUAUGUUUACAUGAAGUACGUAUGAGAGGUUAGAUUAUGCACCUAGAUUGAAUGUACUCCUAUGGCUAUCGCAUGGUACAACAUAAAAUCAAUAGAACAUAAGAUUAAUAAUGCCAGCGAGAAAGUAAAGUAAUAUAAUAAAAUAAUAAAAUCCCCUAGGGUCUCCCAGACAUGAGUCCUUCUCCAACCGAGCCGGCUGGUAGAAAAGUAUGCCCCCAAGUUCGUGGUGAGGCUUAGGGUGCCGUGUCCGGUCUCUCCGUCAGGAGACCAGGGACUCGAUUAGCCCAGGGUGGUUUAUCCAAUGCCGCGUUGUGGCUGUUUAGUGCCCUGCUGCGAGUGCUCGUGGAGCCGCCUUGUGUUGCAGUGAUCUAUCGUGUAUGGUUGGGGUUGACUGGCUGGACCGUGCGGCUGGAGUAUAGUCACCUCUGUUGUGGUGAGUACUUGAGGAGAUCUUGUGCUCAGUCUCAUCUGUUCCCUCCAUGUUGCUGCCUUGCGUGGAGGAGGUGAGUGUUUGACUCUCUGCCGCCAUCUUGUGGCUUUGUUCCCUGCUGGGGCUGCUCGUUGUCGCUGGGGUCAGGUGGCAGCUGACACGGUGAGUGGCUUUCUGACGGUAGUAUGGUACUUUGUUGAAGUCUGUGCUACAGCUUGAGCCAGAAUUCUUGAAAUAUGUGGUCCAGGUUGGACACAUGUUCAUGUUGCACCUCUUGGUUGUCUGAGGGCCGCGUGGUCUCCGCCAUCUUUGGUGCGCCUCUCAUCUCUCCAGCUAACCUCCCUGUUACUGCCGUGUCGAGGAGGACCCCCAGGGGUGGACCGGGAUUACCCCCGCUGGUCCAGGGGGGAGUUCUGCGGGGUGCCCGCUUGGAGCAGUCGGUCCUAAGGCAGCUCCAGACCGGGAGAUCGGCCGCCUCUUCCAUCCGUCGCCCGCCGGGCCGCACACUCUCGCGGGCAUAUCUGGCCGUCUGUUGUCCGCUCAUGGGCUGCAUCACCGGGUCACCACGGGGACUGAGGGCUGGUAAGUCGCUUAAGGUCUCAGUUGAGGGUUAUUUGUGGUCAAGAAAUGCCAUUUUAACUUAGCAUAGUGAGGAGCUCUAGCAAGGCACGUCUUCCCUCCAUGACAGUCAGGCCCCGUCCACCCCACCAAUAUUAAUUUUAAACAUGAUGACCUGCUUUAGAAAAUGCUUUGCAUCUUCCCUUCCUAAACUGCACCUAACUAAUCAAGUCUUUAAAGCGUCAUAUCUUUUAACAUAUAACAGUAACGUUUAUUUUAUAAUUUCAUUUGUUAGAAUAAUGCUGAUUUUGCAUCUCUGGCUACUGCUCUAAGAAAUAACUCAGACUGUUGAUCAUUCUUGAUCACUGUUCUUCAGAUGCACUCCACUGAAACAUUUGGAACAUUUUGUUUUUAAUAUCCGUGUACCAAACAUGAAAAACAGCAAGGAUUAUGCAUCUCGGAAUGAAUUCUGUUUUGGAAAGAAGACAUAUAAAAUGUUACUAAAUACAGCCAAAUCAACCCCAACAAUAAAGCACUGUCCAAAAACAUCAAGGACAUUUGUUGGAAAUACAUUUAUUGAGCUUCAAGAAAGGACAAGCCAUGGGAUUUCUUGGACGUUAGUUGCAUCUUUGCUGAAAACAAGCAUCGGGGUUAGUGGAAUGUUAAGUUAACCUGUGGGGAACUUUUUCACUGAACAUACAAUUGAUACUGUUUGGAUGCUGCUGUUCACAAGAGAUAGAUUCACAGGGCAAGAUAAUAGACGGACACUGAUUCAGACAUUGUUUAUAAAAAUAAUAAAAUUCACACUUUUUUGGUAAGAUCUGAAUUGUCAGGAAUUUGAAGUGAAUUCAAAGCCAAUAUCAAUUUUUAGAUCAAAAUAUCCAAACUACAGCAUGGUCCUCAGCCUACUGUUCCUGUAACAUAUUGUAUUUGUUUCAUUUAUUGUUAAAUUUCCCCCUUUUAUAAUAUUGUAAAGUGCUGCAGAAUAAGUUGGCGCUAUAUAUAAAUGGCAAAAAUAGUAAUAAAAAACUGCUGACGGAGUUUUUUCCUCAAUUCAGCUACUUUGUUCUAAAAUUUAAAAUUACUUUGAAUUUACAUUGGUUUAACUAUAAAAUACACUAACAGAGGUUUUACCUAGACUGAGAGUUGUUGGGAGUUCAAAGUGUAUUUAAAGUGAACGUCAAAUUAAGGCCAAAUAAGCUAAGCUGGAAACACAGCUGACUUGGAGAAUUUUUCCAGUUCAGCUUCCACUGCCCAAAUACACUAAAAUCACUGUUUACUAAAUAUACCCAAAUAAAAACUUGCAUGCAUUUAAUAAUGCAUUUUGUUCAUUGCAGUUAUAUCUAAAGACAGCUUGCAAAAACGGCAGAAUGGUUUCCUUUGGAAGCCCUCCCCUUCUAAUCCCGCCCAGACUUUCUGUGACUGUCCAAUCAAAGACUUCCCAGUGCAGCUCAAUGAGAAGUCAUUGCAAGGCAGCUGCUCCUGGUAAUUGCUGCCUUUUGAGUUCAGUGCAACUAAGCUAACCAAACCAGGAAGUAACAGGACCUAUUGUCUGCUUGAAAAACCAGGGGGUGUAACCAGUACUAUUUAUAAAAGCGUCAAUUACUAUUGAAAUCUGUACUCUUCAUACAUAAAGCUUUUCAGCAAGCUAAAGCGAUUUAGGGGUCUGGAGUGCCCCUUGAAAUACACGUUGAAUUACCAGCAAUUCUCACUUUAGUGAAUAAUGUUGUUAGUGAAUACCCUGUAGAAGGUAGCAGUUGAAUCUUCAGUCUCCAGGGAGAGAUUAAUACUGAAAGUUGUUAGGGAUAGUGUAAUUUGCAGUUUGGGAAAAGUGUGCAUAAUGGAUAGUGAUAGUGCUAUUUGUAGUCCAAGAGAAGUGGGCAGUAGAGUAUAGAAUAGUAGAGGGCUCAGUGAAUUGCAGUCUAUAGUAGUAUAGUGGAAAGGGAUUGUAGGAUUUGCAGUAAGAGAAAAGUGGCCAGUGCAGCAUAAUGGUAAUGUGAAUCAGUGGGUGGCCUAGUGGGAUUAAUCAGGAGCAGGGGUGGGGAACCUUUGGCCCUCCAGAUGUUUUGGACUACAUCUCCCUUGAUGCUUUGCCAGCAUUAUGGCUGGAAGAGCAUUAUAGGAUAUGUAGUACAAAACAUCUGGAGGGCCGAAGGUUCCCCACCCCUGAUCUGGAGGCACAUGUGAGCAGUGCGCCCUCUGCACUCCCUCUUCAUAUCUGUGAAAAUGAAAAAUAACAUAACAUUUUAGGAUAGCAAGAAAGGAAAAAGUUAAAAAAUGUUCAUAUAAACUGCUUCUAAACACUAGCCAACACUAUCUGUGUAUCCAUAUAUUUAAAAACCAAUAACUAUAUAUUAUCACUAAUAUGAGGAUUUAAAUGGUUUGUUUAAAAAUCUAUUUAAAAACCAGCAAAAUGAAUAAACCACUUAACAGUAAAUUUAUGGCUCUUUCAAAAUCACUAUGAGAGAUAUGGACUGUAGGAAGUGAUAACGGUUUCUUUGAUCAAGUUAUAAAGUGGAACAAAGAUUACCUGUUUGAAGUGAUGUAUACACAUAAACCAGACAAACAUUGAUUAAUUUAUGCUAUUAGUUUUACAGUAAUAAUAAAUCUUUAGGAAGUUUAUUGUCUGUGAUCAAAGUUAAAAUAUAACAUUUGUGAUGAUAUAUUACAGUUUUCUUUGUAUCAAAUAAAGCAUUAGCUUCAAAACUUUUCAUGAACGCUUUUUGCUGUAGCUAUUGCGCAGCAUCUAUUUGUUCAACGUGAAUAUAAAAGAAAAAUGUCGAUAAACGAUCCACUAGCAGAGUUAUUCACCAAACUGUGAAAUGACUAUGGAAUCAAAAUCUAUAGGCCAUUUUUGAAAAAAUGCUCCAGCUCAGCUUUUUUCCCCAGCUUUGCAAUUUGACCUAAACGUUUGAAAGUUCUUGUCAUUUCCUGACAAAGCCCACUUUAGUGAAUAACUGUCUUUUUGAGUUAGUAGUUGUUUAGCUGCAGUAGUUGUAAUAGUUGUUUUAUUAGUCACCUUUCACUGGGAUAAAAAAGUGGUUGAUUAUUACUCUUCUAUCUCUAACUUUGACCCCAAAACUAUUUUUAAUGUUAUUUAAAAGCACACUUUGACCUAAAUUCCAUAACAUGAUUCUUCCUUUCUUUACGUUGUGAUUUUCUUUAUUCUUUAUAAUGUGAACUUUGAGGUAAAUGUUAUUAUAAUUCAAAAUUCAUUGGUUACACUACAAGUUCCAAAUUUACAAUGGCGAUUGCUCCCUCUGCUCUGAAUCUUGAUUGAUGUCUGAGAUUAGCUAGCAAUCAAGUUACUCUUUGCAAGUUGUGAUGAAAAAGAAAUGUUUAUGCUCCAAAAACAUAUCAAUAUUUUGAGUGAAACUUCAGAAAAAAAGGCCCUUAAGUCAAGCAAAACAUGGAAGAUCCAUCGUUCAAUAAAUAUACAUUAAUACAGUUCAGUUUUGUGGUAAUGUUUAAAACUAACCACGGACUAUGUAUUAAAUGUCCUCCUCUGGGAUUAGACAAGUCCUAUCUAGAUGGUCACCAUAGUAUCUAUAUUGAUAUGUGGUGGCAAUAGCCAAAGGUCAAACGAAUUUGGAUAGUAAACUCCAUGCCUUAAUGCACCACCCAAUAAUUCUAGAUCCUGCGGCCUUACUUCUUGUCAGACCAUUGGAGGUUUUUUAAACAGACACGAGAACUGUUUAAUGGCCAGAAUCCUCUUAGCUGCUAAGAAAGCUCCAGCUAAUAUUUGAACAACUGAUAGGGUCCUUCAUCUUUCUAACGUCUUAAGGGAUACAAUUGCGGAUACCAUGUUAAUAGCUAUGACCAGGGACACCACAAAGCCCUUUUACACAAUCUGGAUCCCAUGGCAAAAUUAUGCACAACCGCUAUUUUGAUAAGGCAGCCAGCCUUUCUCCUAUUGGACAGAGCAGCCCAUCUUCUUCUCCCCCUGUCUCUUUCCUUUUCUUAACUUUUCUUUCGGUCACUUUCUGUUACUAUUUUCUAAAAUUGUGUAUUUGGCAAAAUCAAAUUUUUACAAUAUUGUGUACUCUUUCUCUUAUUGUUUUAUGUUUUUGUCAAAUGGAGAAUUAAAUAUGUAUAAUUAGCAAGUCAUAGAAGAAUAGUAUUAUUUACUUCAUUUAUUAUUAUUAUUAUUAUUAUUGUUGCCAUUUAUUUAGCACCAACAGAUUACGUAGCACUUUAUAAUAUUAUGAGAGGGGGGAUUUAACUAUAAAUAGGACAAUUUCAAGAAACCUCACAGGAACAAUAGGUUGAAGAGGACCCUGCUCAAAUGAGCUUACAGUCUAUAGGAGGUGGGGUAUAAAACACAUUAGGACAGGAAAUAGCAAUCAAAUAAGGUGGGAGUGAAACAGAGCUGGAGGAGAGAGUAGAGUGCAUUUAAACUCAUUCAAGAUGCAUAGCCUAAUCCCUUCACCCAAUAAAACAUGCAAUCAUAUGACCAAAGCCAGCAAAUUUUUUAAACAUGUUCAGCCAUUCAACAUUAACCACAUCCUGCCUGCUGAGUGUUUUAUUAAAGGUCGCUAUCAUAUUUGAAAACACAACAACUUUUUUGCUCUGCUAUAUCUUCGCUAUAUCUGUAAGAAAAAAAGGGGUAAUAUGAUACUGCCGUCAUGAACCACAUACCCAAUUUUUUUAUGAUUGGCUUCUUUAUUUCAUCUUGAACCUCAUUGACAUUAGAUACUGAUAAGGCAUACAGUCAGUGGCGUACACACAAUCCAUGGGGCCCCGGUGCGAAACUGAUCCAUGGGGCCCCUCCCUCUCCCCCCCCGACAGACACACACACACAUAUAUACAGACACACAUACAUACACACAGACACAUACAUACACAUACAUACAUAGAGACACAGACACAUAGACACAGACAGAUACAUACAGACACAUACACACACACACAUACAUACACACAGACAGACACACACAGACACAUACAUACAUACACAUACAUAGAGACACAGACACGUAGACACAGACAGAUACAUACAGACACAUACACACAUACAUACACACAGACAGACACACACACACACAUACAUACACACAGACAGACACAUACAGAUAGACAGAUACACACACAGAGACACACAUACAUACAUACACACAGACAGACACACACACACACACACAUAGAAAGAAACAUACAUACAUACAUACACACAGGCACAUACAGACAGACACACAGACAUGCAGACACACACAAGACACAUACAUACAUACAUACAAAGACACAUACAUACAUAUAAACAGACACGCACACAUACAGACACACACACACAUACAGACACAUACAUACAGACACACACACAGACACACACAUAUGCAUAGACACACUUACAUUCACACAGACACACACACGUACAAAGAAACAUACAUACAUACACACAUACAGACACAUACAUACAGACAUACACACACACAGACACAUACACACAUACAGACACAGACACACAAGACACACAUACAUACAAAACACAUACAAACAGACACACACAUAUACAAAAUAUUUUAGUCACCCUCCUGUUUCCUACCUUUUAGGUGCAGGAGGGUGACAUUCCCUGGGGUCCAGUGGUGGCUCAGGCUGGUGGGAGUCAGAGUUCCUGUCCUUCCUCCAGCGCGGCUCCUGGUGGUUGCUGGGAGGAAGUGACCGGGGCAAUCACUUCCUCCCAGCAGUGAUGUCAUUCGCUGUAAAAUCGCCGCAACUUUAAAGGGGAAUACUUACUAAGCGCUGACAAUUUUUUAUUUGCAUUGUAUAUAUAGGAUUUGGGAAAAUUCUUUGUUUGUUUCAGCUGCUGAUACCUAUUGUACAUUUUAGGUACUAUAUUUUGCACUUAGCCACUUUUUACACUGAUACUAACUAAGGUUGGAUAGCCAAUUAGCUAAGACGCAGUGUUUUACAUUAUAUAUGCGCUCUCUUUAUUGCAAUCUAUGGUUUAUGUUUACAAUAAUCAGGUUAGUGAAUACACUCGUAUUUAAACAUUUGCUUAUUUUUUUGUCAAAGAGGCCUACUCGGGAUGUGGGCUACUUAGUAUUCUUCCAUUGCACUUUUUUUUUAAUAUACCGUUCUUCUAGUAGAAGCUUAUGAGCAGCCAGCGCUUGUCUUGCUUAUUAAGCCAACAAAGUUGGAACAAGAUAUCAUCGUUAAUACAAGACAGAAGCACUUAGCAUUCAAACAGAAACAUUUUGGAGAAAAGAAAUGUUAUAAGUUAGUUUACUUCAACUAAUUUAAAAAUAUGCACGGAUUGAUAUGUUUGUAAAACAAAUGUACACAUUCAGCUAUAAAAUAUACGUAAACGGUUUAUAGAGGGCCAUUAGGUUUUGUUAAUGGGGGUGGCAAUGUUUAAAUUUGGAAUACUUUUAUGAAUACUAGGCUAUUAUAAAUAUUCAGAAAGACUUUACGUUAUGGUAAUUGAUCAAAUCAACAUUUGUUUGGCUGGUCUGUUCAGGAAGUCAUUAUUUUUCGAUUUUGAGGGUUAUUUUGUUGUUUUCCAGUGUAAGAGUGUAUUUUAAAAUAUAAAUAUGUCACAGCAUCCAAGUAAUGUUCCCUUGGUAACUGUCAGAGAACCAGAAUAAAUUACAGGAAAAAAACUGAAAACUAAACCAAGUUGGGCUGAACCAAGUUCUCUGCUCCUGCUAAAGUAUCAAAGUAGGAAGUAGGAAAAUAUUACUCUUGAGAUUAUUAAUAAUAAUUUGCAAUAUAAUUAUUUUUAAAAAGAACAUCUUACAUGACCAUGCUUUUGAAUGUACUAUGAUUUUCUGAGUACUGGAAUUUGGUUAGUCUGUCUGUCCAACCAUCCAUCCAUCCAGUGCAUCAACGAGUCUUACUUGAUGUACUGCUUUACACAAUAUAAGGCUAAAAAGUAAUACAUAACUCAACAAAAAUGACUUCUGCUUGGAGCAUUCUUUUUGUAGUUUGUUAUUAUACAUCUGAGAAAUGCAUCUUUGUACAUCAAAACGGAUGAUAACACAAAAGACAAGACAUAGCAAUUUGACUCUGUGUAUGUUCGUUUUUAAUUAACUUUUAUAGGUUUAAGUCGUCAUAUGUUUUUAAAAUAUGGAUUUCCAAAGAACAUUAGAGUACGAAGGGAAUUGCAUAUGAGUCCUAAAGAAUGUCGUGUUUUGUUUUUUGCCAAACUGCUUAAAAGCAGUAUGACAAAAACCUGAGAGAUGGGGGCCACCAUAACAAUAAGCUGAAGUGGCUAUAGUACUUGGAGUGCCCCAUUAAGAAAUAUUUGGAAAGGGAUGGAUUGUGGGUAUGCACGAUAGGAAUGUUACAAUUAAAUAUCUGAACCAAAGGCAUAAAGAAUUAAAUGCACACUAUUUAAAGAAUAUUGGCCUUGGUUUAACAUUUUUAGAUAAGCUUUUGAAAUGAUCAUGAUCUGUUAGAAACGCUUCUCAAAUUAUUUAUCUACAGAAGUCAUCUUUAAAGUCUAUGGGAACAUUUUGUACAUGAAUAAUUUGAAAAGGCUUUCUAACAGAUUGUGAUCAUUUCAAAAAGCGUAUCCAAAAAUACUAAAUCAUUGUGUUUAAAAAUGUGCUAGUGGUUUAUCCAGCAUGAUUAAAAUGUACACACUAAAAAUGUACGUUGUGUAGAAAUGUUGUAUUAUUUUGCUUUUUUAGUAUACACAGUGGUUAGACUCUCUGUUGGAUAAUGGUGAAUGAUAAACAAGUAAUGGAAGCCAUUUGCAAUUACAUUCUGUGCCUCCUACUGUGGGUACUGAUUGCUUGCAUGGUCUUUACAAGUGGAUAAAGUUGGCAGAGUGAAGCAUCAAUCACUUAAAAUCUUACUGAAACAGAGUACCAUUACAAGAAAAGCAAUUUACUAAGUAGAGCAUUUAAUUAUAUUAUCCAAUAAGGUGAAUGGGGGAACAAGCACAGGAUGUUUGAUAUUCCCUUGAGCUUUCAAUGUACAUCAUUUAACAGAGGAAUGCAUCUUUUAGUGUGUGUGCUUGUAAGCUGUGGGUUGCUGUCCGUGGAAUAACUGUAGCAACAAAUAAAUAAACUGCAGCAAAGUUUAUUUUUGUUUGCAAUCUAUUUGUGUAAAGCACACGGUGCUUCAGCUGCUAUGCCAGUCCAUUUGUUCCGUGGUUGGCCUGAUGGUAGCCUUGUUUGUACAGACCACUCUGCAAAUGGCAACUUACAGUAGAACUAGGAAAUAGAUGUCAAACCUCGAACAGAUCAGUCACAAAUGUUUUUUUUAUUUGAAUCCAAUCUACAGACACAAUAAAAAUCUUGUAACCAAUUUAAAUGUUUAUUCACUUUCAGAUCGUCAUAGCAAACACUUAUGUAUGUAUGUAUACAUUGUAUUAUUUAAUAUUAUUUAAAAAGAAAAAAAACGCUCUGUUCUUUUAUAUGAGGUUUUUUUGUCAGUGUUUACUGUAAAAUAGCGCGAACAUUCCUUGACAGUAUAGAAUUCCUAUGAAAUGUUUUUGCCUAAAGCAUUUGCAUUCAUCCCCAGACUAAAAUAGGUAGAACCAACUAGACCUGCAGGGAAGCGCUGGUUAAAAUUUAUUAGAUAAUUGAACUGGGCAUAUUUGAUCAAGCAAGUAGUAGAAUAAUCUACAUCAAAGGAGACUAUGAUGAAAUAAACACUGUAACACAAAGUACGAAACCUAUAUCCUCCUUUACAAAUCUAGCAAUGCAGUGUACAUGGUUGGUAUUGUGUAGCAGCUCUUGUGAUAUACCUGUAUGUUCCAACCCAGCAGCAGCAAUUUAUAUUGCCUGAAGGGAGUCUCUCGUAUUUUCAAGGCCAUUAGAAAUAGUGACUGAUCCGUCAGGAUACAUAUUCACAUUAUCAUUCUAACUAUAUCAAGACAGGGCCAAAGUAUCUAUUAAAGGGUUACUCCUGCCACCAUAACCACAUCUGAUUUUUGAAGUGGUCAUGGUGGUAUCAACCAGGAUUUGAACACUGUGCAUCCAGAAAUAUUGCAAUUGUGUGCUGGAGGCUAGUUGCACCUCCAGCUCACAUGACUUAUGCAGCCUAGAACUCUUUACGGAGAUGCCUACUUUCAAUUCUGUGCAUAUUUUACAUCUGUCGUCAACAUGCACUGCACACUGCCAAUUGACAUAACAAUUUCUCCCUUGCAAGCCCUGCAUGCAAGUAGAUUCUCUUGUCCCCCCUCUGUGCCUGCCUCCCUAUCGGCUCCGCUGAUAUUUUUCCCUCAUCCUCUUUCCCCUCCUCUUGCGGGCUCAGAGCACACACAUACGCUCUGAAACCAUUAAUUCCUCCAAGCAAAGGUUUCUCUAUGAGAAGCCUUUGAGUGGACCUUGUAGUGGCUCCCCUGACGUGAGACUGGAGCACAACGAGCAGUGCCUGGGGCUGGAUUAAGGUAAGUAGAUCUUAUUUUAAAACACAAAACUUAAAUGUCAAUAGUGUUAUUCUUAUUAAAUAAAAAGAGGGUUGAGAAAAACCUUUAAUGAUGCAAGCUAUUGAGACCUCUAGCUAAAAAAUUUAACUUUAGAACGGAGAGAGAACUAAAUUGAAAAUAGAUGCUUUUGACAUAACCUGUUCAUCGCCUUUCUGCAUGUCUCUUCAUGUUUGUGUACAGAAGAACACACAUAAUAAGUGGUUUCAUAUUAAAAAGGAGACUCUUGGCUGAAUCUUUGUAUUAGCCUUUUAAUGUAUUUUUUGUAAAUAACUCAAAAAUAACUUUAAAAAGACAAAAAAACACAUACAAACUAAACUCAUAAUGAUGUCCUCCACCAAAAUACUAUAAUGUGGGAAAUGUAGAGCAAUAGGAAAAUCAUGCAUAAAGCACGUCUGUAUGCAAAUUGAAAUUGUACUAACUAAUUGCUAUAUGUGUCAAGUCAUGUUUUUCCAUGAAUAAUGCUAUUUGUGGAUAUGCAGACAACACUUACAACCCUCAUAUGGUAUUCAGAAAUUUGUAUGGCUAGGAGAAGCAUAAAUCCUCCCAUUACAUCAUGUGGUGGGAGCUAACAUGGCUGCAGUGAUUUCCCUAGGUAGUUAUAGUUCUUGGGGUGUCUCUUUAACCCCUUAAGGACAGAGCUUCAGAAGCUUGUCUUUCACUUAAUGACAACAGCAUUUUUUGCAUUUUUUGCUGUUAACGUUCAACUGCAAUUUUCAUUUUACUAAUUUAUUGCACCAACAUAUAUUAUAUACCAUUUUUUAAAGGACAGAAAGGGCUUUAAUUUGAUGUAACACACAUAUAUAUAUAUAUAUAUAUAUAUAUAUAUAUAUAUAUAUAUAUAUAUAUAUAUAUAUAUAUAUAAAAAUGCUUAUUUAUUAUAAAAAAAAUACAGAAAAAUGCAAAAAAAAUUUAACAUUGUGUUUUUUUACAGUUUUUGCAAUAAUAAUGUAUGCACAAUUAGUGAAGGUUAAGGAACGUAAUUAAAAAUAAAUUCAUUUAGUUGUUCUGAUUUACAGAAUAUAUAAUGUGUCUGGGAUUUUACAUUUUUUUUGGUAGUUACGGGUCACAAAGCACAAUAAGUAAAAUAAACUUUUAAUGUGGAGCGAUUUUAGAAUUUGGUAUGUUUGUCUUGUAAGCUUAAUAGCCAUAAAAGAAAACAAAAUUGCCUCACAAAAGUAUAUAUUUAUAUAAAGUAGACAUCACAGGCUAUUUACCUAAGGUUGUUUUGACACUUUCUACGUAGCCAUUUCACCGCCAACCUCCGCUAAAUAUUGGAGUAAAAUUGUGGGGGUUUUUGGUUUUUGGCACACAAACUUAUAACAAAGAAAUUCUCGUGUGUAUUUUGUAAAGUUAGUGUGUGCUAUUCCUGUACAAAGUUUUAUUUUGUAUUCAGUUACAUCUGCUGAGUAAAAUUACACCCCCAUUGUAUGUCUUUGGCACUAUUUCAUGAAGUUACCAUUUGUAAAACUAGAAACUCCAGAGUAUCUCGUAAUGUGCAUAUUGUGCCUUAGCAUGCCCCCAUUUUUUCACCAAUAUAUGCCAAAGUAUGUGGUAAAAAAUAAUUUGGGGCAUUUUUUACAUACAGAUUGUAUUUUUGCUGGGCAGUGUGUAUAUUUCAUAUGUGCCACUAAGUUCAAAACCCCCAAAUUAUGCUCAGCUAAGUCUUCUGAGUAAAAAGACACCCCCAAUGAAUGUCUUUGGCACUAUUUCGUGAAGCUACAGUGCCAUAUAGGAGACCAAGCCAUAUCAGUUUUUACCGAACUUUGAAUUUUGACGCUGGGCCUAUGUGCAAUUUCCAAGCAUCUUUGCAGGUUUUAAAUUCAAACUACCCCACAAAGGCAUACCAUUUUUUAAAGUAGACACCCCAGGGUGUUUCAAAAGGUAUAUUUUUAACCUUAGCGUGGGAUCAUUUUUCCGCUAGCUGGUACCAGGUGUAGUGGUAAUAAGCGUUAUUUCUGCCUUUUUGACACAGGCUGUCAGAGCGAGCACCGGUGCUGGGGCAGCCCGAUCGGGUGCUCCUGGUCUGCCUCUAAUACAGAGGCAGACUGGAGCAUCAUUAACCCCGUGAUCGCCGCGAUCUGGGGUUAGUUUUACCGCGUGACGGACAAGGUCCGUCACUUGUCGUUAAGGGUUUCCCCUCUGUGACGGACCUUGUCCGUCACUCAUCAUUAAGGGGUUAAAGGUUUACUCUAAGUACCAUAACCACUAGAGCCUGAUGUAGUGAUAUGGAGCCGGCGAGCCUCAUUCACCAUUCUAGUGUUCUGUAUCACACUGUUUUGAGUUUUUUAGUCCCUUGUUCCACAUACUGCUAUUUUUACACUUUAUUGCUUGAACGUGUCAGUUGAAUCAUGACCCUCAAUUUAUGCCACACCACUCAAAAAGGUUUAACACAGAACCAGAGAACUAUGCUAGGGUUAUGCUAGCACCAAAACCACUACAUUGGGUUGUAAUGGGUAUAGUGCAUAGAGUAAUUAAUCAUCAUUAGAGGCUAACCAAGUCAUAUGGUUUGCUGCAAGCCCAAACUGCAUUGCUGCACGUUUUUUCUCCAAUGUCAUAAAGAUAUUUGUCUAGUCUAUUCAUAAUUUUUUUUAAUAUAUAGGGAUAUUUUAUACUGAAUGUUUUUAAAGUAACAGACUGAUGAUUAGCAAGAUUUCAUUCUUAUUACAAUUAUAGGUUUCCUAACACUUGACUAUCACAUUUGUAAUUAUAAUCAUUAAAGCACUUGCAGACAUAAUUUAAUGCCAACUCUGUAUUAUUCAUCAUUGACAUCACCUUCAUUCACUGUAUUCAAAGAAGAUAAACAAGUGGAAUAGCUCGAUUAGUCCACCAACUAUAUAUCCUGUUCAAACGUAAAAGAGAACUGCAAGGACCAAAACCACUACAGAUCCCUGUGCCCCCUAUCCCAUUGGUAAGCAAUCGAACCAUUCUAGAAUGGUUUGACUUCUUAUGUGAAGUCUGCUGCUCACAUUUUUUACAGUCAUUAUUUUGUGUAAAUCAGAUACAGAUGAAUUAGGAAAUCAAAGACAAGGCGAAUCAGCAAGGUCAACACCCCCUUGGUCAGGGAUAUCUUCUCAACCUGGAGUAAGCCUAAAAUUAGGCAACAUUUCUUAAAAAUAAAAAAAAUAUACAUAUAUUUUUUUAUUUUUAACACGGUUCUCCAGAAUUUGUUCUUAGUAAUUUCAUGUAAUAUGUGUUCUUAUAUUAUUGGGUGUUAAUAUGUAUAGGUGAUUGCGUUUAACUGUAUCUACUAAUAUGCCUUGUCUCGCCAUUUCACCUGCAUUGUAUUGUAUCACCUGCAAAAACAAAAUCAGCAAGGUACCACAUGAAGUGCCUUCUAUUACCAUUUCAGAAAAAAAAUUACCCCGUACGAUAUCCUAGUCAAUUAUAGUAUCAUCCCAGCUGCUCUCCCCAUUCAACCUGUAGCAGUCUCUGUGCUUAAGUGGUAGAAAUUAAUGAAUUAAUCACUAUGUAGAUGUUGAAAAAUGCGGAGAAAAGAGAAAGACAAGCAAGAAAGGAAGGGUAAGUGAUAAAAAGGUGAGGAAAAGACACCCAGACAAACACCCCAAACCAUAAACGUGCACUAGAAGACAUCCCACUUGUGCCAAGCUGUUUAAAUUAUAACAUUUUAAAGAAAUGAUUUGUAUGAAUUAUUCACAAACAAAGUAAAACAAAUGGAAUUUAGUCACUCUGUAUGGCUAUUCUACACCAUUGCUUCAGAGUAAUAAAAGAUUGAUGGGUCCUUAUCAAUUUUAACUGGGAGAAAUAAUUACACUAAUGGCCAUAUUGUUUAAAAUAUUCUCAUCACAGGGGCUGGACCAAACCAUCAUGGUGACAAGACGUGAUCCUGGAGAGCUCCCAGUAAAGUGGUAAAAAAAAGCAUUACUUACCUGACCUCUGGAUUUCCGAUCUGGGGCUGGUGGCACAAGCUUGGACAUCCUGUGGUCAAUAACAGCCGUCUAGCCGUAGUUCUUCUGCCACCACUAGUGAGGCCUAACGUUCACAGUAGGAGGGAGAGGCGGCCGAACUCCCAGCCUGGUGAGUGCAGGCUCUCUUUGAAAUAAAGCUGACGCCCCGCAAUCCCCCCUCCCCUCUGGACCAGUGAGGGAUAUCCCGGUCCCUGCUGGAAAAGCCUGUACUUCUACCACACCAGAGAAUAAAGAAUAAUCCUGCUUAUUUUGUGACAGCGUGUGACAACUAAAAAGGCUGCCACAUCAGAGCUCUUAAUCUAUCCAGCAGAUCUGGAGGGCCUGCAGUGGAGAGAGCUCUUUUGUGCCAGGUUUGAUGCUCUCUGCAAUGCCUGCUGGCAAUGCAUAAGCCGCCAAACUCACCUCCCCACGGUCCCCGCAGAACCGGCGACCCAGAGAAGUGCUUUGACUCACUCUGCUUCUUCCGGGCUGGGAGCCCAACCAGAGACGUAUCUGACUCACCGUCCACGCACCUGGAGAGUAGUCAGAGCCCUGAAGCUCCCGCGGACCAACGCUCCUGCUCCCUGGAGGAGGAGGACCCCUGGACAUAGGGAACAGGCUCCCCUUAAGGCCCGGGCUCGAGGCUGUGCAAAGCUGUGGCUUUCUAGUUCCAGGAAUCACCAGCAACAGACACAGAUGCUUCAGUGGUGCCCAGGGGGGAUGAGAAACAAAAGCAUACCUGGCUUGGAGAUAAACUUUCCUACGCGGCCUCCUUGUGGAAUUGGCUGACUACAAAUUGGCAACUUUCAUGUGCACCCACAGCAGUCCCCUGUUUAUCCAGUGCUGAGAUAGACCACUUUUCUUGUUAAAAAUCCAGCAGUACAAUUUUGUCUCUAUUUUAAUUUAACUUGUUUAUCCAUUCUGAACUCAAUUAACCAGUGACAUCACACCUGUAAUCUGACUAGGUAAUAGCGUGUUUUAUUCAUGUAAUUUAUUUUCUCAUAUGCAAUAACUAAACAUGUGUCAUACCGUAUUGUUUCAGCAAAUACCAUCUUGUUUAGAAUGCUUUCUAUAAAACUAUUAGUUCUAUCUUGUUUAAUAUUAAAAAAAAGGCUGAUAUGCUCAAGGUUAUAAUGUACGUUACAACUAUAUAGCUGAGAUGUAAUCACCUGCUAUAACCCAUUCUCUUUAUUCUGUAAAGUUAUACUUUGCCUUAAUGAAAGAAAGAUUGACAAAAAAAAAUUAAAAAAUAUUCACCUAAUAGUGUGUGCAAGGAGAAACUCAAGAAGAGUGCUCAGGUUUUCAAAUGCACAGAGAAAAAGAUAUAUCUUACAUCUACAACAGAGGUAUUGCCAAAAUGCACAAUUUUUUAUAGAUUCUUCCAGUUUCAUUUUGGAGUUCACGGAUUCUUCUUUUAUAAAAGAGGUAUCACUAUGUAACAUUUGCACACAAAGAUAUAAAAAAUUUAUUAUCACAGAAACUAAAACGUAAUACUUUUUUUUUUUUGAAGUUCAUCUAAACUUUAGUUUAAAGUUAAAUUAUUAGCAUUUUUUAAUAUAGUGUCAACAUAUUCUGCAAUGGUUUACAAUUAUAGGAUAAGGGGAUAUUAAAUGGUAAACAUAGCAAAUAUUUUUCUCUGUUAAUAAUGUACAUAAAAUGUUUGGGGAUUUGGAGUGCCCUUUAAUACGAAUUAGAAUAGAAAACAUAGUUAUUUAAUGUUGUAAAUGAGAAAGAAACGUUUUUCAUGACCAAGCCAUGAACAAGCAGUCUGUUUAAUCUAAAAAUGACAAUCACAUUAAAACCAUUACAUUUUGAUGUCAAAAUUAUCUUUUAUCUCCCUUAUGGGGUCUGUGAGUAUGUAAGGCAUGUGUAGGGGUUUUACCCCCUAAUGGUGGCCCUGUUUACAGAAUACUAAAAUCAAACUACUACUUUACCAAGUAAUUUUCAUCUAUAAAAAUCAGUCUAACAUUUCCUCGAAGCAUGAAAUAUACAACAAUCAUGUAUAGAUUGUUGUUCAAGGAUACCACCGAAUAAAAGAAAAUGACACAAUUUUGAUUUUGUAUUUACUAAUUCAUCAUUUAAAGAAAUACCAUUUUGUCACAUACAGUAAAUGCAUCAAAAUAAUCAAAUAAAAGCUCAACUAUCUUGCUUAAUGUUAUUUGUUAUGAACUUGAUGGCGUUGCUCUGAAUGCAGUUUCCUAAAAAUGCUAUAAGAAUGUACAAAUGUAUGUAUGUGGGUAUGAUGCUGAUAGUAAGUGCAGGGAGCACUAAAACAAAGCUCCCUGCAGGAAUUCCCUUAGUUUGCCUGUCUGAUUGAUUGGCAGGCAGCAUGGUGUGUAUUCACGCCAGACUGGCCUGUCAAUUGUGCAGACAGACCUGCCUCCUUUCCAGACAAACCUGCACUAAGGGCUAGUGGCCCACCUCCUUUCUAUUAGGAGAUAUGGCUUUAGCCCCAAGAGGUAAGCUGGUGCCAGGGCACCAUAACAAUGUCAUUCCAGUAAAGUGGUUAUGGUGUCUGGAGGUUCCCUUUAAAUGUGCCUGCCUGGUUCAUGAACUCUACAUGUGUUUGUCUUUCCUCGGAAAAUGAUACAUCACAUUUAUUAUUUUUUCCAUCUGUAUUUUCAUUUAACCUAUAAACCAGUCUCCUCCUUCCUAUCCGGUCCAAAAUGAAGCUUUCUGCAGUCUUGCGUUAUAGCAUAUUAUACUUUAUAGAUAUGAAGCUAGCUUGGCAGAAAGAUGUGAAAAUGCAUCAAGGUGUCUAUUUUCCUCCUUAUAACUGUAUAUUCUGUUUACCAUUGCUAAAUGCUAUGAAAGCCAUAUUUUAUAUAAAUGAAGGAUAAUUUAUUAUACGUUCCAAAAUCCAUAUAAUAUAAAAAUCUGUGUAAUGAUAUGGGGUAUCGUGUAAUUAGAACUGUCUUGCUCAAAGAGCUGGUAUGCUAAUAUAAACAUUGAGAGAGCUGAAUACUGGUGGGUGGUCACGUUGCAUGGAGAUGUGUGUGACAAACCACAUGUGCGGCAAUCCCUGUCACCAAACGCAGGGCUUGCCUUUUCUCUUCACCUUUUUGAGGAUGUUUACUCAAGGCUUAUUCAGUUAAAUGACACAAAGUAAAACAUUCUUACAUUGUAAUGCUUAGCACCAUAUGGUAGGAGGUACACACUCCUCAGACCAGACGUUUAUUUCUUCUGACUUAAGCUGUUUCUAAUAUCUUUAAUAAAUAAAUAAAGACUAUUUUACUUGAAUGCUGAUCGCUAUGGGUUUGCAGAAAUAAUAAAUAAUACAAUUAUGAUGUAGUAUUUGAUGACAGAGUCAAAUGUAUGGCAUAAAUAAUGCAUUAUUUUAUAGGGAUCCAAGGCGUGAUUGGGCUGUCUAAACCAUGGUUUUGGUGUAGUUAGCAAGUGUGUUUUAAUUCUGCAACAAUUAUUCUUCAACAACAUACUACCCAAGUGUCCUGAUUUAAGAGGGCCAGCAUUAUAAUUUAGAAAAUUAUGAUAAUUUCAGUGACAGUAUUAUGCGGUUUAUAAAAAAUUAUAAGCUACAUAAAUAUUUAGUUAUUAAGUAAGUUCUAAGACAGUAAAAUUUGUCAUUUUGAAUAUAUUAUGCAGAAAUUGUGGUUAUUCUAUGAAACCAGACCAGUCUUAGUAAUAUCACGCUUGCGUAGCAAACAAUUUGUUGAAAUUGAUUAAAAAGGCAACUAAAACAUAAUGUGUCUCAGCAGUCUACGCUUGAAUUCUGACACUCUGUCCAUAUUUUGAAGUUAGAGGUAUAUUCACUAAACCCUGAAAUAUGACAAAUUGUGUAAAUGUUUAGUGAAGAUGAGAUUUGGUGACGCAUUGCCCUGCCUCUUUCAAGUGCUUCACUCGUAGCUUCCUAAUACUUACAGAAUUUCUAAUUAUUUAUCACAGGUAAUUUAAUAUAUUCCAGGGUUGGUCCUAGUUUUUGAAGCAUUCUGUCAGAAGAACCUGGCCUAAGCCCUGGGGGCAAGUGAAUAAAAGCCUGGGAAAACCAGCAAGGGUGUACUCAGCACAUUUCAUUAGGGCGUGUAACCAUGAACAAACAAUCAAUCAAUCGUUCUUUAUUUCUACAUUUAUUUAAAGUUUGUUUAUUAUUUAAAACUAGAUUUUUAAAAUACGCAUUUAAUACACAAGACACAUAAUAGGAGAUUAAUCAAGGCAAAUACAGGUGCUAUAAUUAAAAGUGCUAAAUAAAUCACAGGCUUCCCAACCAUCCCAAUUUUGGCAGGACAGUCCCUAUUUUGGGGUCCUGGCCCAUCUUCCCAAUUUAGUUCCCUGAUGUCCAACACCUAAGGACACCAGUGAACUGCAGCACGGCUCAUUUUUAGACAUUCUCGCUCUGAGAAGCAGGCACUAAGACCAUGCAGAGAGCGCUUCUUGCACUUUUUGCUUAGUCUUAUAUGUUGGGGGCUUUUUUGAAGGACAGUACACCCAUCUUGAUUCCAUUUUUGCUAAUGUUGGGCUGUAUGCAAUCAACAUUAAACCAGUAUGUAUAAUCAGAAGAUACCCGACAUCUGUCUUGAUUCUUGAAGGGCAAUCUGAUUUUAAAGCCCCUAAUUACUGCUGUUUAUUUUUCCUAGUGUCCUACUUCUUGGGGCAACAAAAAGAAAAGUCCUCAUAAAAAAAGCUUGCAAUCUGUCAAGAUGAUCCUAGGGCGUUUCUGCAAUAUGUCCAUACACAAGAGCUUAAGCAGAACUCUGAACAUGUGAAGAGUGACACUAUCCCAUACGCAUUGAUAGAGGCUGCUUUAAGGACUGAAGCCUCUGAUAUUGCCUCAGUGCUUUCCUGUGGGGUUUUCUCUGAUGCUAUAUGUUCUCAUGCUAUAUGUUCUCAUGCAGAGCAUGAGGAUAUCCAGCGUCGUUUCACAUAGUCAAACUCUGUGAACCUCCAGGAAGCACCUUAAGCCAGUCAGACAGUAGGAAUAAGGGAAACAAGGACAGUGCUCCCAGACCACUGCAAUGAGCUGAAGUGGUCUGGGUGCCUAUGGUGUCCCUUUUUGAAGGGAUACUAUAGGCACCAAAAAAACUUUAGCUUAAAUGAAGCAGUUUUUCAAUUUGCAAUAUCAACUAAGUUCUAAAAUAUAAUGGUUGGAAGAUUUUAUUGCAACCACUGUACACUCAUCCAGCAUUAUUACAACAACUUCAGCUUAAUGAAGCAGUUUUGGUGUAUACCGUAUUUUUCUCUCCAUAAGACGCACCUAGUUUUGUUGAGGUGGAAACGCAGAAAAAAAAAAAUUCUGCACAAACUGUCCCAUAGGGUUUCUUAACACCCGCCCCCCCCUCCCCUGUUCCAUAGUGUUCCUUACCACCCACUCCCCUACGCUGUCCCAUAGUGAUCUUUGCAUCCCAUAGAGUCCCCCCCCUCCCCUUGUCCCAUAGUGUCCCUAAAUUACUUACCAGUAUUGUAGCGUGGGCCGGCAGAACAGCACGCAUCGCGGUACAGGAACUUACAUUUCAGUUUUCGACCGGACUGAAAGGAAGUGUGCACAAGGAGUGCGCACUUCCUUUCAUUCCGGCCAGAAACCGGAAACUGAAAUCUAAGUUCCUCUACCGCGGUGCGUGCUGUUCUGCCGGCCCACGCUACAAUACAGGUAAGUUAAGCUUCACAUUCACUCUAUAAGAUGCACAGACAUUUCCCCUCACUUUUGAGGGGGGAAAAAAAAGUGCGUCUUAUAGAGCGAAAAAUACGGUAGAUCAUGCCCCUGCAGUCUCACUGCUCAAUUCUGUGCCAUUUGGAGUAAAAUCACUUCUGUUUAUGCAGCCCUGGCCACACCUCCAAAUGCCCAAGUCAUUUUUAAUAAAAAGCAGCCCAAGAGGAAUUUGCCACUUAGGCAUUUUAUGUCAGCCAUCCUUGUCUCAAUGCAAACAUUUAAAAGGUUGGGAAAUGUUAGUAUUUGCCCUACUCGAAUACCACGUCCUGAAUGACCGAUUAACUACCAAUAGACAUGAUAAUGGAAGGCAGGUGUAAACUUGCUUGUUCAAAGUAUAAAUCAUUUUCUGCCUGUUGUAAUUGCAUGGCAUCAAAUGGCACUCUUAAUCAUAGUUUGGUAAAAUAACGCUCUCACUAGAAGGAAGAGAAUUUGCACAUUUUGAAGGAAGGUUCUGGAUAGAAAUCAGUAGCAUUUAAUGGAUAGCAGCGUAUCAUAACAUCAGAAAACAUCUUAACUUGAAAUUAUGGUGCCUUAAGGGGUUAAAUCGUUAUCAAACCUUUUAAUCUGAAAGUUGCCUCCAGUGUUGUUCCCCCCCCAGUCAGCAACCAGCUUCUGAAAUUGAAAGUCCAGAGUGCUGCAGGACAAGGGCGAUGCAUAUUUAGUGACUCCCAUUCACAAAAACAGAAAAGGUACGUUUCUUUCCUAGCCAGUUUUGUGAAAGGGGAGUCACUGAUUGGCCAGUCAGCGUCGCCCUUGCUCGGCAGCACUAUGUGAAAGCAAAACUUUAGAAGCCGGUUGUGCCCUGGAGGAUGCUGAGAUCGGAGCUGGAGGUUCACUUUGGGGUUAAACCAUUCAAGAAUGGUUUAACCCCUUGAUGCAAGAGUGAGCCAGGGUGUCCUCCUAGCAGCAGAACUUAAUUUAGAUGAAGUUGCUUUGGUGCCUCAAGUGCCCCCUUAAAUGGUUACUUCAAGCACAAUGAUUUGAGUCUGUUUGCACUUUGAAAGCCGCACAUACAGAGAUUAACCCCUCUGCUGAUGGAGGUGUAGCACUACCUCCAAGAGCACUAUUGGGGUGUAAUUAGCCAUCCGGGGUUUUCUAAUAUUCCUAUGCACAGAAUUGCAUUAAUUGACUGACAGCAGCCAGAUAUUGCGCCUGACUGUAGACGAGCCCGGUUGGACAAAAAAAUAAUAAUGUGAUGCAUAAAAAACAAAUCCAUCUUCACCCAUGAAGAACUCCACACCGAAUGAGCUUACUGGGCAGGAAAAGCCCUUAUGAGGGUUUUCCCACAUUAUGCAACCUCUGUCUGGUUGACUUGUAAGUCAGCUCUCCGACACGUAGCGUAUUACUGUACACGCUUUAACUACUAAUAUAUCUUUCCAUGUAGCUCUAUUCCCAAGGCAAAGUAAGGCAUUAUGAGAAUAUCAGCUCCCACUGCAAUGUAAUUUAAUUGACAGCAAAUUUAAACCUCAUCUGACAUUCCAAUCUCACUUAAUUUAUUUCAUGUGCAGGCUUGGUUUGAAUUUAGAAAAAAAACAAAAACAAAUUGAAGUUCAAGGGCUAUUAGUUUAGGUUUAGGGCAUGUCAAGUGUUAGGCAAAAAAAAUAAAAGAUGGCAAUGCCAACAUAUACAUUUGUCUAGCAAACAGAAACCAAGACACUAAAAUAUAUUUAUAUAAUGCUAAAAUGCCAGCGUAUUGCAAUGAUACCUUUAUACACAUAUAGAUAUAUAAAUAUGUAUUUAUAGAUAUAUAUUUAUUAAUUUGACAGAUUCCCUUUAACCCCUUAAGGACACAUGACAUGUGUGACAUGUCACGAUUCCCUUUUAUUCCAGAAGUUUGGUCCUUAAGGGGUUAAACAUAUAAUUAUGAAAUGACGCCAUAUAGUAAAGACCACGUCUGUACUGGACAAUAUAUUCAGUUAUGUGUACAAUAAUAUACGCAUUUGCACAAGUAGAUUGUAUUUAACACAGCUGUUAAAAUGUCCACUAUCGAGCUUGAUUGCUUUGGUAAAUAGUUGCAAAGAAGAAAAGCUAAUUACUUUGACUGAUGUUUACUGUAUGCUAUGUAACUAAAUAAAAUCAAUUCCUUUACAGGGAAUAAUUAACAGCCCUAGUGUCUAUCCUUGCAACACAUUUUGGAAAAUAUGUGUGUUUUCUUUUUACUAGAUAUUAGAAUAUACAGACCAAACAAUCAAGUGAACCCUCCCCUUCUAACAUCUCUUUGUGCUAGGAUAAUGGUAGCUAGGGGUUGCCACAGAGAUUAGGGUUUGAAAAGUGAGCAUGCUGGCUAAUAGCUGUGGCCAUAGGCUCGACCCACAGACAUAAUACAAUUGUUCAGGGUUCCAAGUGAUUUGCUGAGCAUUAGAGCUCUCUGCUGAAUGUAUUGCAUUGUUCAUCUGUGACAAAGUCCUUAGGUAUUGGCAAAUAUGCCUGCACAGAGCGAGAGAAAGGUAUUUAUUCUCUAAACAGCUAAUAGCGGUUAAUUGAAAUCUGAAUUGCAAGAUUUACACAAAAGGGUUUACUGACUAAACACUGAAUCGCAAAGAAUUAAAACAGAACAUUUUAGGCUGAAACAGACAAUCCACAAUUUAUUGCAGUCCAUCUCCCUAGUAAAGAGUAGACUUUUAGUCUGUAAGAUUUGUUUACUAAACUUUAAAUACCGGUGAAUUGGAAACUGAAAAUGCAAAAUGAAAGCUAGAAUAACCAAUUUGUGGUUAAAGCUGUGUUGGAGAGUUUUGCCUGAAUUUCAGUUCUCUGCAAUUCAGAGCUUAGUGAAUAAACCCCCCAAUGUGGCCAUUCGGUGAGAAAUCUGUGCAUUUUAGUGAUUUUAAACUGCCAUAUUUUCUUGCUGGGGACUGUGUUAGUGGGAGGUUUUAGGAGAGAAGGGGGAGGGGUGACAAACAGUUGGACAAUCCUAAACAGGUUGGAGACUUUUUUUUUUUUUUUCUCUUUACCACACUGAUGGCUGUAGUUUGUCUUUUAUUCUGGUUCUCAGGGGAAUUUGUUUGAGCCUAGGGAUUUGCUUACGUGAAGCAGAAAGUAGGGAGAAGUGUUUAUCUUUUAUCCUGGAUUUUCCGGUUGCUUGUUAAAAGUCCUCUAUAUUAUUUUUUAUUUUUAUUUUAUUUUUUGCAAUGGCACAUUUACUUUGAUCUCCUAAACCUUUUGAGAAAAUAUAUAUUAAGAAAAGGAAUAUGUUUAUGAAUUUCCGAAAGCAUAUCAGCUCUUGAAUUAGACAUGCGGUUAUUUAAUGCAAAAGCAGCUAUGCCUACUGGUAAGUACAAUUUCUUUGUUUCAUUUUUAGAAUAAAAUGUAGUUUACUGUCCUGUUGUCUGGAUGCUUUUAGCACUGGUAAUAACCUUUCCCUUGUUUAAGAAGGUAUAGUUAUUGUAUUGUAGCUCACUUUGUAUUGAUCCAGUGUUUAGUCCAUACAUUGUGUAUACAGUGUUUGUGGUACAUGCCUGCUGCAUAUUCUGUGACCAGUUCUGUAAAAUCCAUAGCUAUCUUUAGCAAGAAAGCUUGAUAUCCUAAUUAAUAUGUAGUAUUUCAAAAUGACUUCAUUUAAGGUGCUAAUUACUGAGAAGCACCCUCCUGAUCUGCCAGUCAGGAUAAUUAAUUAGAGAAAUCAAACCCUGCAGUGGCAAUCUAAUUAGAAACCCUUGCAGAGGAUUCCAUAGAAUGCGUAUAUUCCUUAAUUCAAACUGCAGAUUCCUAAUGCUUGUGUUUAACUACUGUACUUAAAGGUGCCAAUAUUGUUUGAUGUAUAUAGCUAAUUGAUUGUCACUAUUAAAGUCCAGUACCUCCCCAUUCUUGGAUCCCAUGCUGAUUUUCUCACUUGCUUUAAGUGUGUGUGUGUAUGUAUAAACAUGAUCUGAUUCAUUGUAUGUGUUCCUGAGCAUACUAGUACUAAUGCUGAAAUACUGAUUUAUGAUGACUGUGUGUCCUUCUUGUUUAAUAGUUAAAUUGGUUACUUACAGUUUCUACAUAUUGAAAUUAGACACAUUGCUGACUCUUGUGUAGCUAUGUUAUUCAGCACUAAUAUUGGCUUCCAGUGUAACUGGUAUGCACAAAGCUGCUUAGCUGGAUGAAUUAUUUAUUCCACACCUGUUUAUAUAUACGUUUUAAUAUUUUAUGUAGGUUAGUUAAAAAUUCCAUUUGGUUAAUUCCCAUAUUUAUUUCCUCCUAAGCCCCAAAAGUUGUGAUGGCUUCUUCAUAUAUCUACUUUUACCAUUUAAUAUAAAACAUGUUGGCAUAGGUUAACAUCAGCAUUUUCUGCAAUACUGUACGCUGGGCUCACAACAUAUGUAUGUACAUUCAGCAAAAUGUGGUUGAUUUACAGUUUACCCAUUCGAACCUUUUAAGAAUGUAAUACUUGAGUAUGACUUGUCUUAUUCAGUUGUGACAUCUUUUAGAAGUGAACGCUGCCAUUUUGAUAACCAUUCAAUGUAUGAUAUGUUGGUAUAUUUGAGACAUGGCCUCCAAAACUGGAUACACAGUAUAUUUUAUUCAGGGUUCACAGCACAGUUUUAGUUAUCUGAUAAUCCAAUGUGCACAAUGUUACAGCCCUUUUCAAUGUCAGAGAGCUGUGUCAUGCUUGGAGUUAUCAUUCAAAGGGUUACGAAUAUUGAAUUAAAACAUUGUGUGGAAGGAACUGUCCUACAGAUCUCUGUUAAAGCAGCUUCGACUAAUUAGUGUCUGUGUGUGUGUGUGUCCCACUAUAGGAUCUCCCUGCUUUGUACAGGUGGAACUACCUAUCAAUAAGCUAGUGCAAAAGCAGGGGAUAUUGUUUAGGUUCUUUACAAAAUGAGUGCUAUUCGGUACCCCUGGGUUAAAAUGGUGGACUUUCCCCAUGAGCAGCUGUAUGCUUCAAAAUACUAUUCAUUUGAGAACAGUGCAGGUCACAAGCUUUCAAAUGCUCCCUCUUUCUCUCCUACCAAUCACUGCAGUGCUGACUGAAGUCUAUCCAUCUUCUUGGAAACAUGCCAUUAACUGUCAGUGGAUGUAAGCGAUUAUUGAUAAAGGAAAUCACUCAGCCAUAUAAUGUCUUGUUUAAAACAUCAAUAUAGAACAAUAAAUUGCUAUUUAGAGCAUUGGGACCACUGCGCAGCUGGUACUUCAUUCCACACUUUUAUUGUUGGCUCUCCAGCUGGCCUAUAGUAUUAAUCCUUGGGGUGUCUGUCUCUGGGUUGACAACAUGAUGUGUUUUGGAAACGGUGUGAAGAGAUGAGUAUAAAACCCCACAAAUAAAUUAAUUUGGUUCCGUUCAUGUCAUUCAGAUUGAAAGCCAUAGUUAGACUUUUUUUGGGGGGGGGGGAGGAACGGAGGGUGAUAUUCACAGCUAGCAAGAGAUCUCAAAUAUACUUAAUACGAUGUUUCUCACAAAAUACAGUACAUUUUUUUUGUAACAUCAAACUUUUUUUAUGAUGGGGGUAGGUGGAUUCUCAGUUAGAUUUAUGUGGUCUGAGUCUCCGCAAACUUGGUGGUAGACUCUCUACAGUCAUUUCCAAAGGUCUAGGAAUGUUAUCACGUUGGGGUCCAGUUAAGUAUUUGAUGGAUGAUCUAAUGCUGUAGCUUCAUUCACCUUUCCAUGUAAUCUAAUAUGGUACUUGUUGGAGUGUGGUAAGCAGGGUGUUUUCAGUGUUUUGGAGAUAAUUUUUCAUGAAAUACACUUAUACUAGUUCUGGCAUCAAGACGGGUUUCCGUCAACUCUGGAACUGGCUCUACAGCUGCAUUAUCUUAUUUUGAAAGAUAUCUAAUAUUACAGGUGAGCUGAUACUAAUAAACCUGUAGUUGUAUCCAUUAUAAUGCUGAAGGUUUGUACAUGAAAAGUUCUGAAUAAACUCAGAAAUAAAGCAACAUUGGCUAUAUUGAUAUUCCUGUUAACCGUAGUAGUAUCUUCAGGUCCCUUGAAGUCUUCAUGCUAGGCCUGCAAUAAACAUGUUAGUUUCCCACUGUGCAGUGUUUGUUUUGAGCUCUGUGAUGUUCCCCUAAUGUGUUCUUUAUUACUGAGCACAAUCUUGAAUUCACUGAUCCCAGUUUAAAACAUUUUUAUUGAUCUAUUUGCAAACAACUUAAUAGGUUUUUGGCAUGUAGUUGAAAACAAAUUUCUCUGUUGCAACAUCUGUUAUUUAAACCUCAAAUUUUAUGGUCACCGUAUUAGCCUUUUUUGCCUAGAAAGAGAAAUUCUUCAGAACAGGUGUCUUUAAGACAGUAGUUAUUUGAAAGUCUUCAGUCCUGCAUGAAGUUAGUCAAAUAACGUGGGUUGAACUCAAACCUAGUUGUUACUGAAAUGUAAUUUUCUUGGGAACAGCUGUGCUUCUCCACAAUGAAGACUUUUAGGCUGUGUUAAUAAAAUCGAGAGUGAAAGAUUGAUUAAAAUUUUUUUUUUACCAGUGAAAUGAAUGACUUUUACUGGAACAGUUGAGUAAGCAAUAAAUUAAAUACAGCAUUAGGGACACAUUGGGCAGAUUUGCUUGAGUUUUUAAAGAAAACCCCCCCAUCCCCCCCAAUUAUUAUUUUUAAUUAAAUCUUAUUGAUGGCAUUCAUCCGUCCGUUCGAAUAUGCAUUGUCACUUUGUAAGGUCUUCUACUGUGUGUUAAAAGACGCAUGUAUCAUUUGACAGAGAGGGGCAAAUCUUUGUACAAGUCUAAGAUAUUUACUUUGUACCUGGUAGAAAAAGUCUCAGUCCUAAUGUACUUGAAAUUAAAGCUAAUAAUUUAAUAACUAUUUUAUAUUUUUAACAUUUCACACACAGUGAUUUAACACUGAAAGAGCUGGAUUCACCCAGGCUUGUGUUUUAUAACUUUGGCGGAAAGGGCUCUGUCAAUUACUUGUUGAUCAAAAUACAAAAAACUCCACUGCCAAAAUAAAAAAAUCACUGUUUAGUAGAAACAUUUAAUCAUGCAUUUAUAUUGCGGAUAUAAAAAACAAACACACAGAAAAACAGCUCGCAUAAGAUGCAGUUCUCUUGUCUGCUGUCUUUGAAAGCCCUCUUCGCCAGACCAGCCUUUCUGUGCCUGUCACGGUCUGCCCAAUGCAGCUCAAUGAGACAGUUGCUCUGGGCAGUUGCUUGUCUCUUGAGUUUAGCUCGAUUGAACUAACUAAACCAGGAAGUAACAUGACAGGCUGCCUGAUUCACAGCCAGGGACUGUAACAAGGUUAAUUUCUAUUGAAAUCUGUACUUUUUGUGUACACUUUCUUCACACAUAAAGCAUUUCAGAAAGCUGAGGUGUCUUAGAGGUCUGAGGUGUCCCUUUAAAAAUAUACCAGUGUUUUGUGCUUUACUCAGUGGGAACUUGCUACAUCCUAGUUGGUGGAUAAUUAUGUGUUACAAACCAGUCAUCAUCCAUACUGACAAGUGACCUCAUGGAAUUAUCCCAACAGGUUUUCUUGUGGUAGACAUAGAGAAUAUUUCAUUUUUUCAUUUUGUAUCUUCAAAAUAAUUUUCCAAGUAUUAUCUCUGGGAUUCAACUUUAUAAACUUUAUGCACUUGCGGUAAUAACCUUGCAGCAUUAAACCUGCCCCCCACACUGUGCUGUAAGUUUGGUACACCUCUAAAGUGGUAUCAUUACAGAUUAUGCAGUUGAAUAUUCUCUUUCUUUCCGUAUAACAGGGAACGUGACUAACAAUAAAAGGAUGUCAAAAUCAGACUUUUCAGGACCCCACUUGGGUUCUAACCCAGGUCAGUCCCCUCCCUAGCAACGCUCCUGAUAGUUACUGUUGUAGAUCUAGUUGACAUUAACUGCUUUAAGAAAUCAGUUUCCACUUCAAUUCAGAGUGCUCUUAAAGAGACCUGUUCAUCUGUGACCUUUGUGUUUCGGCUGGCCACUCACUUCUGCACAAGUAGAUGACACAUCUUUGUGAGAAACAAAGGAAAUUAAAUCUAUUGAACAUUUCAUUGUGAGUUGAAAAACGUGGAUCUUUAGCUGUUCAUGAAUUACAAUUCUUGGGAAACGCUUGCAGCCUGCUGUAAAAUCAGCAGUAGAUAUAUAGAAUAAAGAUACUAGUACCUUUCUCUGCUUACCAGAUACUCUGCUAUUUUAUCAGAAAUCGAUGACUUAUUCUGAACAGGAGAAAUCAAGAAGCGUUCCGGGCACAGAAGAGCCAUGUUUAUGCAGACGUCGUGAAGGUUCGAUUUAGCCAAAACGUUGUCUCAUCCUUUUGAUCCGCUUUUGUUUGCCCAGUCUGCUUCUUGGUUUCUACUGGAUUGCUGGAGUGUCACCACUCUGGUCUGUGUGAGUACAUCUGAAACUGUGUAUGGCGUUGAAUAUGUGCUGUCCUUUUGUCUUUGUUUUACGCUAAACAAGAGGCAUAACAUCCCUGCUCACCAUGUACUCAUGAGUAUCCCCUUUAUCCCACAUCUCGCUUAUGCCUGGAUAGCUUUUGGAAUGUUUUUUAUGAAAACUGUCAUCCCUUUCAACUUUGUACUAUAAUAUGAAACAUGAUUUCAUUUCAGGAACACUGCACAGCAUGCGUCCACCGAUUGACAACAUAUUUUAGUCUUCAAAAAAAGCUGCCUGUAGCUUGCAAAUAGAAAGAUUAUGGCUAAUAUAUAAGACCGAUCUUUAAAAAAAAAAAAAAUUUUAAUACCUUCUAUAUGAAAAUGAAGUUUGACCAAAAAAGUAUACAUUUUUAGAAAUGCUAGAGCCUACUUUCACGCUAAAACAUCAGAUGUGGUUCAAGCCGAUAAUGUCAUUUAAAAGAACCCCAUUUAAAAACAAAUACAAAGUUUUCUUUUGAAACUGUUGUCAAGUGGCAGACUGUGCCCAUAGAUGUUUGACGAUUUAACAAGUACACUGAGCUGUAAUGACUGAGCAUAAAGAACUUUUUGCUAUUUCUUUUCUAUGUCCAACUCUCCUACUUUUAACAGUUGGUGAUACCCAGGGCUCAAAUUAAAAUCCUGGUUUUGUUCUCCGCUACAAAUGUCUCCUUUAUUUUUAGUUAGAUUUGUUUGUUAAAUUUGACAAAUUGAAAUAUAAACCCCAAAAUAAAAUAUUGGAUUAUCCUUCGUUGGUCUUCAUUCAGUAAUACAGCUGGAUGCGGGUUUUACCAAUAUAUGAUAGUUAAUGACUAUUAGUCCUCAUUCACAAUGAUGGCAUGCAGCAUUGAUAGGGUCUAUCCAGAAAUGAAAUAAGUGUUAGAAAAGUGGUUUUGCUUGCCUUUUUAUCUUCAGCAAAUACAUUGAUAAAUAAUUAUUAAAAAUUAGAAUUUCUAAACACCCCUGUUGUAGUACUAUUAUAUCAAUAUAAAAGACCGCAGUUCUUAAAGUUUUCAUAGUAUUUAUCCUUGUAGCAUUGGCAUUUAGUUUGUGCUAUUACUUGAUGGAAGACCCCUAUUGCAGUAUACUUAAGCAAUGAACUGUAUUAUCUUGGCAUAUGUUUCUUGUGGUUGAAUCCCUGCAGAGUGUGCAAAGAAUUGCUUGCUGCAUUGCAGGGACUGCAGGGUAUAGAAUGCAGCUAAGACACUGCAGUAUAAUAUAAUGAGACAAUACACAGAGAUAUAUUCACAUGCAUUCACAAUUUAUUAUCAUGAACCAAUACAGCACAACCCGCUUUUGACAUAAAAAGUCAAUCUCUCACAGAUACACAUAUUUAUCUAUAUUAAAUGGUGACAUUCAGUAACAAGUGCUGGGUGAACACAGUAGGGGACAUUGUAGCAGAGCGCUAGUCUUAGCAAGGACUCUCCUCCGUUGGUUACUCCAACAUACACUCAGGAGCAAGUAGAAUUCAAAAGGGAACAGCCAAACAUAGUAAAUUAAUCGCGGAAUCUCCCACACCAACUGGACGACACUCUGCUCUGGAGGUAUAACUAGUUUUAAUGGAGCCACACAUGCCCUUUUAUGUGAGUCCCCAUGCAAGAGGUUUCCAAUUACAUCUUCCAGGUGCAUUCCCCACAGGACCUGAGAGUAGACUGAGACAAAGUACACACCAUAAUUACAUUAACUCUCAGGUCCAGGACAUGUACAAUAUUAAUCACCCCAAAACAUACAUUUCCCCAAUAGGUACCCCCUUUAAGUCCUAUAUCCCUGGAUAGCCUGGAUCUGAGCGCCCAACAUAUCCGAAAAGGGAUUAAGAUCCCACGAAUGAAGCCGAAACGCCAUUGGGGUAUAGUUUAGACCGACCGCACACAAGGCGCCUUCCCAAAAAAGUUCCAUGAAAUCAGGCAUUGCACUCGAAGACCAAACACCGCUGUCCCUGUUCGUAUCUAAAGAUGGCCGCCGCCACAUGUUCGCAUAUAUACGAACAGCGGCCACCCAGCCGACCGCUUGGAACGUUCAUGUAAUUGUGGUUUGUGGAGGUGUGAAUUAACAAGUGGCACACUCCACAUAUAGGUGGCCUGCAGUUCGGUACUUCGGUUGAACAAGACAGUGGUGAUAAGCCAGGAGAAUGGUAUUUACCGAAUGGCCAGGUGAACAGGGGGAAAAAAAACAUGAUAAUCCAAUAACAGGGGACCUGUCCCACACAGGGACUGCAAGCACAAAACAUAGGGGACAAGCGGGGGAAAAAGAAAUGGACAGCCCAUAGCAGGAAUAAGGGUACUAUCCCAAGGCCCAUUCCGCUACAGACAUUUUUCAUAAGUUUUUUUUCAGAGGAAGCAUGUAGGCCUAAGGCCGGCUCUGUCUGAUGGUAAACAUAUACAGAAGGGGCAUAUUCACUGGCCCUGAGUCCCUAAAACCUCAAAUAUGUAUGACUUCCUUUCUAGACCAAAUCUCAGUAGACAAAUGCUUGGAUCAUAAUCUCAGGAAGGAAGUAAAAAUAUAACCUCUACAGUGUAAAAAACUUUUUACGGUUUAUUAAAUAAGAAGACACUGGUGCACACUUUAAACAUUUAAAUUUAAACAGGGCAAAUUAUUAUUUUAUUUGUACAGCACCAGCAAAUUCCAUAGCGCUGUACAAUGGGCAAAUACAAUGUUGUACAUAUAACUACGUUUACAGUUCACUCAUGACCCUUUUCAUGUUUCAAUGUAUUUGAAUCUCUAUAGUUUUUUUUUUUUUUUUAAUUUUUCAAAUUUUUUUAUGUUUAUUUUCUUUAUAAGAAUUUUAUGUUAUUUUCAUGUUCUGAUUUAAAAAUAUAUAUUUAUAGUGAAUUUAUGGAGAGUUUAAAACUUCGAGUAUAGCACCACUUUUUUCUGAUCUGUUUGACCUUGGUAACUGUCUAACUCAGGGGUAGUCAACCUUUUUAUACCAACCACCCACAAAUGCAUCUUUCUUGAUGGUAACAUUUCCUUAACGCCCACCAGUGCUGCAGUAACUCUAAAUAUUUUUAGCACGAGUAUGAAAUAUAUUUUUUUUUAGAAAGGAGGGUUUUUAAAAAUAAAAAAAGUACUCUUAAUUUAUCUUUUUAUUUCUACUUUAUGCAUGUUUAUAAUGUUUUUAACAUUAUGAAGUUAAAUGUGAAAACAAUAAAGUAAACUGAAAUUACUUUUAACUGGUGAUUACUGAGAUACUUGAGGCUAAUGCUGCGAGACUAUUUGAUAUCCAGUUCGAUUUACGUAAGGAACAAAUGAAGAUCUCCUCUUUCGGUGAUAUUCAGAUGGUUUCUCUGUUUGCUCAUAAUAUGAUUAACAGCACUAAAGCCUGAUUCUACAAGAUAUGUGGUAGGGAAAGGUAUCAAUAAAUUGAAUAUCAUUUUCCACAUAUUUGGAUAUAACGCAGGCGUUUUUGGUAUCCACCACUGCCAAAAUUACAUUUACUCUCUUCAUCAUAUUUAAGUUCUAAUUGUUCUACUUGGCAAGUUAUAUCAACCUCAGUAACAUUUGCUGUAAAAGGAUUUAUCAUCCAGUCACGCACCUUUUAAGUUCAAAAUAUCUUGAAAUUGUUUUUCCAUAUCCAAUUUGAGUUUGUUGAGGUGGCUACUGAACCAUUCAAUAUCCCCCGGAGUUACAUCACCUUUUAUAAAUGACAAUUCAGGAAACUGAUGAAAUUCUCUCUUGAAAAUAUUAUGACGGAGAAGAUCAAACUUGUCGAUAAAUAAUGACACAAUAUUUUUGCAACUUAUAAGAGUUAUAUUGGCGACUUGAAGCUGCAAAUUAAUUUAAUUAAAUCUCUUGAAAAUGUCUGCCAAAUAAAAGGCAGAAUUCUUUACUGUUUUUAACUGUUCAUAGAGACCAGCUUCAUUAUUAUUACUUUCAAAAAACUGUACGACACUAUCAAAUAAUGCAACAAAACGAGUCAAGCAUGUACCCUUUGAGAGCCAUCGAACUUCUGUGUGUAAAAGUAACCUAAUAAACCGCUCGUUAUUGCCCUGGCACAGCUGUCGAAACAUUAUAUCACCUUUUGGCAUUAGAUUUGAUCUUAUUUACAGCUUUAAUUAUUAUACUUAAUGAUGAAUGGAGACUUGUAUGUAAAUGUUUUCCUACAAUAUGUUGUCUGUGCACAAUACAAUGAAUACACAAAACGUUUGGCACUUCUUCAAGUAAGCAACAAACCCACGAUAGCGGCCCACCAUUGAUGGUGCUACAUCAGUAGCACAUGCAACAAUAUUGUUCAAGGGUAUAUUCUUUUUUGCAAAGUAUGAUUUCACAGCAUUAAAUAUUGCUAAUCCUUUUGUAUCUGUAAUCAGAUUGACAAUGAAUAGCAUUUCUUCUUGCAAUGUAUUGUUUUCAUCAAGGUACCGUACACAUGUCAUCAAUAGAGCAUUAUUAUCUGCAAUGUCAGACUUGUCCAAUUGUAUGGAGAAUGAAGAAUUUUGGAGAAUACCUAUAAGUUUAUUCUCCAAAUUAGCCGCCAUUUCGUCAAUGUGUCUCUUUACUGUGUUAUCACUAAUGGGCAAUGUUUUUAAAACUUUAGGUAUAUCCUGAUGCAUUACUGUUGAGAUAAAUUCUUUGAUAGAGGGUGUUAUCAAAGUUUCUCCAAUGUUAUGGCUUUUAGCACUUUUUGCAAUUAAUUGUGAUGUACGAUAGGCUGCAGUUAAUCCAUCCUCAUGCUUUGCAUGUAAUUUUUGAAAUGAUGCGGCUAUUGUUGAACGAUUUUGAAAUAUUUUAUAGAUUUCUUGAAAAUAUUUAAUGGGCUUAUCUUUACCUUGUGAAUGCUUUGUAGCAAGAUGUUCUCGCAAUCGACUUGGCUUCAUUGUUUCAUUAGAUAAUGUCUUGUGGCACAGUAAACACAUUGGAAGCUGUUUAUUUGUAACAGAUUCAAUGAAACCCAUCUUUAGAUACUCUAAAUAUAAGCCACGAGCAUAUUUCUUUUUUUCAGCCAUGGGUUCUAAAUUUGUUGCACAAUUUAACAACUAAAUUUACUCUUACCACGUUUUUAUCUGCACUUCACACAGAGCUUCUCCCCCACCCCCUUCUUUUCCCUUUUAUUACAAACCCCCAAAACAACGCUGUGUUAGGUGUCAGUUAUUACUUGUCACCAUAAAAAGAACUUCCCCCAUUUUUUUUUCUACUUUUCCUGCCUUCUUCUUCUUUACCUUCCUUAUAUUAUAUCAAUAUAUCAGGGGUCUCGUUUUCCCUUUCUCUUUAUUCUCUCCGUCUCCUUCCUUCCUUUUCCUUCUUUCUUUUAUUUUACAAGAUAUCAAAACUUAACUUGCCAAAACAUGAGCCAUUCUAAACACUGCUUUCUCUCCUCCUUUAUUUUAUCCCCUUUUUUUCCUAUUUUUCUUUUUUUUUUUCUUUUUUUGAAUUUUUUUUUGAUCUUUUCCUUUUUUAUCUUUUCUUUUACCUUCCUUAUGGCAAUGUCCAAAAGUAAGGCUAAACUAGUAAGCCCACUUAUUAUUAGCCAACAACAAUUCUCUCCUUCUCCGGCCUAUAACUUUUCUUUCUCCUGUUUUACAAGUGGUCUGCUCCACUUCUGCCUGUCCCUGCUAUCGUGCAUCAGCUCCCACUCUUCCCCUUCCUCUUCCCACGUUACACUCGCUCGUGUUAGCACGUUCUCUUGUUCGCGUGCGCAUGAACGCGUUCUCUUGUUUGCACGUACGCAUUCUUGAGUUCGCGUGGGUUCGUACAUGUUUGUGCUUUCAUGUGCGUUUGUGCACACGCGCCUGUCUGCCCACUCUCUCGAUGGAAGGAGGAUUCAGCUUGUUGUGCCGCAGAAGCCCCUAUCGCCAACCUGAAAUCCUGAAAUGCCCACUAGUGGGCGAUAGGGACCAGGUUGAUCACCCCUGGUCUAACUAUUUGAAUAAAGUAUGUCUACAUGUAGUAGGAUAUGGCAAAAGGACUUGUAGCACCAUAACCUCUACAGAUCUGGUAAAUUAGCACUUUGUUAGCCGUAGCUCUGAAGACUCAGAUAUCAUAGUUCCUGACACUGAGAGCAAGGGGUUGAUGCCUGAAUUGCACAUGCUUUAUUAAUGAAAGCUGCUAAAUGUAUUUAAUGUGUCCGCAACUAACCAUGUAUUAAACUCAUGGACAGACUGCGUAGGCAAUGAGGAAGUGUGUUUGCAGUCUGAAGCGCCCUCUUGGUAAAAUGGACACGUCACAGGAUAGUUUCUAAAUACCAAAUACGUAAAACCUCAACAAUGCUUCAGUACCUCUGUGAUCUAGUUGCAUUAAUUAAGUUUUGUAUUUUUGGAUUGGUGGCCUGCAGACUCUUUGUAUGCUAGGAGACUGCACAAAGAUGGAUAGCAUGACUCCUUACUAACGUGGUCCAAUAAAGUGUGUCUUACACUAUUUUCUAUAUCCGGUGAGGUUUACACUUCUAGAAUGCCAAAUGAUGGCUUCAACCUGCAAUGGUUGCCAGCUUAUUGCCAACAUGGAAAUCAAUGACUCCACACAAUAAAAGCUCUGAGUUGUAGAUGUCCCUAAUGUGUAAAUUCUUUCACUUACUGUAAGCAAAACUACAUAAUGUAAACAUUGUUGGCCAUUUGCAGAAUUAAGAAGGGUGGUGUUCAGUGAAGUAUAUUCUUUAAGUUUACCCACAGUGGUGCCUAUUGUUCUGUCCUGAACUGAAUGAUGUGAUGUUUCAUUUAAGGAUCUUAACUAUUUCUAAAGUCUGAAGUUCCAUGUGAUGAGGAGAGGGUGGGUGGAGGGGUUUAAAGCUUUUCUUUGGAAAUGAGAAAGCAGGUUAUGUGAGUCGGGUUUCAGCUAAAGCCUUUUAUCUUUGCAUUUUUUAUUUUAUUGUAUUUUCAGAUAUAAAAACUGACUCAUGGUACACAAUAUUUUCCAGUAAGUACAGGGACUAAAACCUCCUUUUACUUAUCAAUGUGCCCAGUGAGGUAAUCCUUUCAAACACAUACAGUAGGCCAAAUUGAUUUAACCUUGGUGCAAUAUACUGGGUAGAUCACAGCAGGUUUCUUUUAUGGAGCUAAGCUUUAAGCUGUGGGCUGAGACUGAUUCUUUCACUGUACAAGGCGCAUUCUUUUGUGAUGAGCUGCAGUCACAGUCCUGAUGUCCUCCAUCUACAGUCAGUAGUGUUUAGUCUUGUUCUGUGAAUAUUUUUAAUAUAAAACCGGCAUUUGAACUUGCUUAUUCAUAGCAAGAUAUAUAUAUAUAUAUAUUAUUAUUUUAUUUUUUUUUAAAGGUUUUGCUUUCUUUAAAAUGUCACUUAAAGGGACAAUCCAAUGCUUGAUAGCUUUUGGUUUUGUUAAAGUGAACCUGUUAUGAAACAAAUUAAUGACCCUGAAAUCGUUCCCAUAUACAUUGAAUACAUCAUAUUUCACAAAGAUACAUGGUACUAUCCAUUUAAAAUAUACAGAUUUAUUCACACUUCCUCUGUUCCAGCGCUGCUUAGUGGGUGUUACUCUUUGUGUAACACCCACCUCCUUGCCAUCAUUCCGCCUCAGCUCCUCCUAAAGUCAACUUUGAUUUGCCCUGCUAGGGACACAUCCCCAAACAGGGCAAAUCAAAUGAGUGACACUGGCUUCGUUGCCAUGGCGUUUGGAAUGGUUACAUUACAUCAUUCCAUUCCUAUACUGAUACUCCUAAUCUGUUAUUGAAAGGCUUUACAGAAAUCAUAUUGAAGAAAUACCCCUUUUUUUCUUUGUGAUGUCUGCAGCAGAUGGGACUAGCCUGCAGCGUUGGCGAAUAACAUAUAUAUACACACUGUAGUGGUUAUGGUGUUAAAGGGCUCUGGAUGCUAUCCCUCAAUUUUAAGUCAAACACUUUUCAAGCAGUUUUGGAAGAGGAUAAAAAAAAAAUAUAUAUAUAUAGUUUUGGAAGAGGAUAAAAAAAAUAUAUAUAUAUAUAUAUAUAUAUAUAUAUAUAUAUAUAUUACUUUUUUUUUUUUUUUUAUCCUCUUCCAAAACUGCUUGAAAAGUGUUUGACUUAAAAUUGAGGGAUAGCAUCCAGAGCCCUUUAACACCAUAACCACUACAGUAGUUAUGAUUGUGCUUGGAGUAUCUCUUUAUGUUUUGCUUUGCCAUUUCUCUCCUCAUAAAUAUCUUGCAAUAGCUUUACUUUAGCAGCAUGUUUAGAAAGCUUUUUAAUGUAUCAGAGAAUCGCAAAGCAGAAUUUAUGGGCUUAAACUGAAGUCCUCCUAGUGGAUCAUCUGGAUUCUGAUGUAUUAAUCCAUUUAGACGGCCCAGAAAUAAAUGCUAAGCAAUCCCAUUAGCUAUGUUAGCUGUAUGUAGGCCCUUAGAAGCAAGCUGUUUCAAAUGAUCUGCAUGAUGAGACUCUUGCUGUUUGUAUGAAAAAUUGCCUUUUUUUUUUCACUGCAAUGUGAAAAAGGCCACUCAUUGCAUUGACUUUUUAGGUGUGGGACAGAUCAGUUGUACAUGAGUGCCCAGCAACAGAAUACAUACAUGUCAUUGUAGCAUGAAUUGAAAGGCUUCACAUACAUUUUUUUUUUUUUUUUUGUAAAGGGUGUGGCAGAAUAUUCAUAUGGGUGGGCCAUUAUGGAACAGAAGAACAAUGAUGGGGUUUAAGAGUCUAAUUUCCUUAGGAAUAUAGCUGAACAAUCUCUUAAUUCUUUUGUGAAUAUACAGAAAAUUGACAGCCAAGACAUUUACAAAGUUGUUUUUUUUUUUUUUGUUUUGUUUUUUUUUAAAGGAGCUAAACAUCGACUAAUGCUGCAUGAGAUUGUAUAAACCUUUUCCAAAACUUUAUUUUUUUUUUUUUAAUUUUAAAAUUAUAUUUUUUUUAAUGUUUCUUGCUAAAAAAAACACUUACUAAUGGCCCUAUUAGAACAUUGUUUUAAUUGGUAAAUUCUAGUUAAAGAAUUAGAUUGUGUGUGUAAUUAAACUGGUUGAUGACGAGCAACAACUUGUCUCAUUUCCUGACCUUUUGAGUGCCUGCGCUUGUGUACCAACCCCGUAGCAAUGUAUUGUACUCAACGGCAAGCUUGCAUUAAAAGACACUAUAGGCAUCAAAACAACUUUAGCUUAAUGAAGCAUUUUUUAUAUGCCACUGCAGUUUCACUGCUUAAUUCACAGCCAUUUAGUAGUUAAAUCACUUUUGUUUCAGUUUUUGCAGCCUUAGUAAAAAAAAAAGUAUCAUAUGUUUAACUUGCUCUAGAAGUUUUUAUCUCUCUGCAAUUUUAACUUUAAUCACACACAAUAGGCUUGUGUAGGCUGUAGCACACUAUUAAGAGUUAGAGCAAUUCUAAAUUAAACAUAAUUUUAUUAAUGUUUUACAAUUAAACUUUUGCUAUAAGGUUAGUGGAAACAUUAGAUGACUCUUUACAGGAAAUGUUUUGGAAGGCUAUGCAAGUCACAUACUGGUAGGUGUGACUUGUGAUGUAUAACCACUGUGAUUUAACUCCUAAAUGACAGAAAAUUGAGCAGUGAGACUGCAGGGUCAUGAUCUGUACACAGAAAACUGCUUCAUUAAGCUAAAGUUGUUUUGAUAUCUAUAGUGACGCUUUAAGUAUCAGAGCUUCAGAACUCACCUCUGGACAUUGAAGCAAAAAUAUAUUGCAUAAUUGAUACUAGAGCAGAUUAAAUUGAAUAAAGAAGAGAGGGGAGUUCUCAAACAUAUAAAUCAAGUUUAAAAAUUAUAUUCUGAAAACGUAAUGAAUGGUUAAACACAUUCUUUAAAUCUGACUUCUUCCUGCUAUUUUACAAAUUUUUCUGGCACUUCUGGCCAUUACCUUCAAAUAUUUACCUUUCAACUGGUAUCACAAGGCACAUGUAUUCCCUGUAAUACCUCACCAUUUCAAUCCGUGGGUGUGACUUUAGCCAUGAAAUGUAAGAUGGUAUGUUGUGCUGAUAAUAGCAUUUAUUCGGUAUUCUGCUUCUUAUCAGGAGAUAAAACAUGUAUGUCUUUCGUUUAUGUUUAAUGGCUAAAUAAACAUAGUUUGGUUUGCAUUUAAGUAGCUUGAUUACAUUGUCUAAACUUCAGUAAAUAUUACUGAACACAUAACAUACAGUCCAGAAAUAGCAAACGUAGCAAGUAGCAAUAUGUGGGGGAACACAAUGAUCGUUUUUUUUUUGUUUUGUUUUGUGUUUAAAAAAAAAAAAUUAAAAAAAAAUUGUGUUUAACUGUAUAAUACUUAAUAGUGGUUUGUUUCCAAUUUUAAAAGAUACAUUUACUAGAACAAGGUAAUAAAUUGCAACAGUAAAGAUAUGUUGUUUAAAUUGCUGUUUUGUUUUAAUCUGACAAGCCUGCUAUAUCCCCAAACACUGAUAUAAUGCAUUUACUACAUAAUUUCCUUGGUGAGAAAGAGGAUAAAUCUUUUUCUUAAUAAAGAAAUUUAAGUAUUUCCGUGUUUUUCUUUUCUUUUUUUUUUCUUCUUCUUUUUUCUAGUGGGUGUAGGCACCACACUUAAUUUCCAUAUAUGUUUCACCAACUAUGAUCUUGUUGUUCCAUUGUCGUGCAAACAUUUUUUUUCAAAUUGAUGCACCUUAAAUUGAAAACUACAAAAAAAUAUUUUACAUUCACUAUAAAACUCUGAACAAAUUACUUCUUGUAUUCACAAAAAAAUCUAAAGAAUCUGUUUAUUUUUCUUACUGCGGAAAUGUUGUAAAUUUGUUAGAUUAACAUAACAUUCAUUUUUAUAUGAGCAUUUUAAAAUGUGUAACCUUUUACAAGCUUGUUUUAGUUUAGUUGUCCAAAAACUAAUCUAUGUAUUUUAAAUUCUAGAUGACUACCAUUUGCCUGUUGAUGAUCUAUCAACUGUAAUACAACCUCCAAGUCCCAGGAUUUCUAGUGGUGACCUACACUCGGCAAAUAGACAUUUCCAGUAUUGUGGGAUAAAGAACAUGGAGUUGUCAGACGGUGACAGACCAGUUAGCUUUGGAUCUACGUCCUCCUCUACUUCCUCCAGGGAUAGUCGCUGCUCUUUUGGAAGUCGAAUGACCUUGGCAUCAAAUAGUCAUUUGGGCUUGUUUAAUCAGGAUAAGGAAGCAGGAGCCAUAAAGCUAGAACUUGUUCCUUCCCAACAUCUUUCAAACAACGACCUUCACAUAAACCAUUAUGGAGAGCAGACUCUUGGAAACUCAAGAGAAAAACAAGCUGCUGAAUGUCGGAGUUUGUCGUGGAAAGAAUCCAAAGGAUCGGCCACAAAUUGCGCAUUGUCUGAAGAGGUAGAAUCUUCAAGUCCAAAGCUCAUGUAUGUUGAUAGAGUGGUCCAAGAAAUUCUUCAGACAGAGAGAACCUAUGUCCAAGAUCUUAAAAGUAUUGUUGAGGUAAGGGGCCUGCUUGUGAAAGUGAUCUACCAAUGUACUUUUGAAAGGAAAAUUAGACCCUUGUAUUAUUUCCUAAAAUGAAGGAUGGCGGGUCCAGUCAACUAUAACAAAGUUGAUCACUGCUUUAAUUUUGAAUGUUUGUAUAUUUACAAGUUUAUAUUGCUGAGUAUCUCUUGUAUAUACAGUGACACCCUAUGCUUACCCACUCAGGUGCUAGCGAAUCUGUCGAUUAUGUCACAGUUAUUGACUCUAGCGACUCUGAUCCCCCCCCCCCUUCCCAUCCCCAAUUAUAAUUGGUAAGAAGGUUUUUCUCACUAAGGUACAUAACCUGAUGAGUCUUUAAAUGACCACUCCACACCCAAAAGCGCUUCAGUACCCUUUCUAUGAGAAAUCUGCACUUUUAUAAAUUAACUGGGGAACUCCUACCUGACUGUCAAUCAAAUAGCCAGGGAGGAAUUCUUCCUACUUCCAUUAGGUCCCCUGAGCUGACUCGCAUGUGCGACCCGGCUCACGUGGGGACCAAGUCAGACGCUUUUCAAUGAGAAACCUCUGAUUGUUUAUUUCUAUGUGAAGAGACUGAAAGUAUCUCCUGGGGAAAACGGGGAGGGGCUUACACAGGUUGCAGUCAUUAGAACUGUAGGCUUUGUAAUCUAUUUUAGACUAUACUCCCAAUGAAUACAUGUAUGUAUUCAUUGAGGUAUAUCUACUAAACUGUGAGGGUUUUUUGGGGGGUAGGUUGGAAGAGUGGAGUGGUCCUUUAACUCAAAGAGGGCUUCAACCUCAUUAUCAUUAUAAAUGCCAUGUUAACUCUCCCUCUUGCCUCUAUUUUGCCACCUUAAAUCAGAGCACUGCGUUAAGUUAAGGUAAAAAAAAUGUCCCAUGUGUUACCAUACAUAUAACCUAUAUACCUACAAAUGUGAGUUAUUAAUAAAACACUCCAUAAUCUGCAUAGUAUUUUCUUUUACUUGUUUUAUUUUCUUUUACUGUUGACAUAAUAUGCCUUUUUUAUUUUUACUGUAAUUGUUCUUGCAAGUACCGUAUAAUCUUAUAUAUUUUAUUGCUGAGCCUUUAUGCCUGCAUAUUCCAUCAUUAUACGCUUUUUUCCUGACAUCUUGUUUAUAUUAGAAAAUGCAAUCUAAUUGCGUUGUCGGGUGUCUUGUUAAGCUAUGAUCUUUUUCACUUUAAGAUAUCUCAUGUAUUCUCUCUGCAUUUAGCUCAAUAAAAUGUGAGUAACAAAAAAACCCAAAACAAUAUAUUGGGGAUAUUACUCUGUAAGCUAACAGAAUGUGGACAUUUACUGUCUCUUCACAGAAGGCUAUGGAAAUGUAUUGGAUGCAGAUGGCGUGCAUGGAUACUUUUGUCUAAAAAUAAAAUCAUUUAAAAAAAAAUUAUGGAUAGGGCAUGCAUGGUUUGUUGCAGUUAAACAUGACCAGUUUGAUGUUGCAAAAUAUACUACUUUUACCACACUUUAUGCAAUAAGUGCUUAUGGUGCUUGGAAUGUCCUUUAAAAUUCUGCCAGUGUUUGAAUGCAACAACUUCUUUUCCUUUUUUUUUCCCUUUCUUCCCUUAGUCUUUCUUUUCAUACAGUUUUAUAGUUUGUUUUUGUUUUAUGGUUCUUAUUUUGCUAUAGUGUCUUUUUUUAUGACAACUCUUGCGAUAGCAUCACCACAAACAGCUGUUUCAGAAAAGGAUUGCUAUGCACAGCCUAUCUUAGAUAUGUCAGAACCUGCCUUUCAUCUGCUUAAACAUUCAAAGAUUACUCUGUCGAUGAUUAACUCUGAUGUAUCCUAGUUUUUAAGUAGUCUUUGACUAUUUCUCUUUUAACACACCACGAUUCAGAUAGUUAAUUAAUGUCAUGGGUAAACUAUACAUUAAAGAGUUACUUCAAGCACAGUGAUUUGAAGUAGUCAUGGUACCUGACGUUUGUGCAACAAAUUGCUAUGCAGUUUUAGACAUACACAGGUUAAAUCCACUGCUUCCAGAGAUGGAGUAACAUUGGAGUGUCAUAAUCCAACCCAGAACAAGAUUUUUGUUUGACUAAUGUUAAUUCUGUGCAUGUUGGCUGUCUGGCAUCAGCACGCUGACAAUAGGUAUCGAUGACACAAUGCCUCCCAUCAACCUGGUUUACCUUCCCCUCUAGUGAGUAGGAGUGACAUCAGGUUUAAUUGGGUUUAAUGAAGAACUUUGCUUUGCAUCUGGCUGCUUUUUUUUUUGUGUAAAAAAAAAAAAAAAAAAAAAUAUUCCCAAAGUAUGCACAGUUAGGGUUAUACCGAUGUUGGUUACGGCAUGUGAUGGUGUAAAAAAAAUGCCAUUUAGAACAAAAUACCUGGUAGCAGGGCAACUUGGUUGGUAGCAAAAUACAGAUGAGGCCAGUUUAAACCCUUGGGUUCUAUCUGUGCUUCCUCUCUUAAGUAUAUGGUUUGUUGUGUAAGCAUAUCUGAGCAACUAAUUAAAAAAUAAAUAAAAAAAAAUCCAUCAGCAGUGGUUCUGAAGCUUUUCAGCGGAAGUACCAGUAUACGCCUGACAAAAACUGACCUAAGCUUUAGUGGUCAGUACAAAAUUGCUACCUCCCAAGGCAAAAAUUGGGUUUGCUGGCCCUUCAUGUACCAACAUUUCCCUUCAUUCUCUCUUCCUGGCAUUUUUGCCUUUCUAGUCUCCCCUCUGUCAGUCUCACUUUCUCCACGUUUCUUUGUUUUCAGUGUUUUUCUAUCUGAAUCAUGCUGCAUGUUUGUUACCCAGCUUUGCCUAUUUCUCGCUAUUUCACUGCCAGGUGCUUUCCACUCUGUCAUUUUCAUCCUCUGAUUCUUUGGUAAGCUCUUUCUUAGAUGAGAUUAUAUUCACCUGUAUAUCAAAACCUGUUAUAGUCAUUUAUUUAUAUACACAUUAGAUAUAUUUAUAUAUACAUGUAGGUUUAUUGUCAGAACUUAACAUGGUUAAAAUUGCAUAUUCAGCUUUUUUGCUCUACGGGAAAUCUAUUUUAUUUGGCACUCUUGACUUUCCUCUUUGUUUUCCAGCAGCUUCCUCGUCAGGUGGAGCAAGGGAUACAUUUUUAAAAAAAAACAUUUUUUAAAUUUGGCUUUCUGUAAAACCAUGAAUACAAUGUCAUAUAACUUAAGUGUUGUUUUGUUAAGAACAGAAAUCCUUAGGAUACAGCUGCUCUGCAUGUUUCCCUCUCUUCUCCUGUGAGUUUUAAUCUUAUACUCGUGGCUGACCCUGAUAUUGGGUGUUGAGGUACCCUGCACAAAAGUGUAAAAUUGACCGCCCCUCAUUGAUGUGCGGUAUUUAGAAAGGACAUGUCUAAAUUAUUUAUUUAUUGUCACACACAGAAGGACAUGGCAUAAGCUGCUUGUUUAAGGCAUUCUGGGAAUUAAGUACAGGGUGUCUGCAUUCUCUGUCUUUGCUUUUUAAAUAGUUAACAUAUACUUUUUCCUUCUAACUAGCUAUUUGUAGUAAAAUAAGCAUAUAGUCAGGUGUUACAAUGACCCUCCAAAGGGUUUACAAAGAUUUGGUAUUUCCAAUACCUACUAACCCGUGCAAUUGAUCUUUGGACACAAAAAUGAACCUAUAAAACUUACUUAUUUAUGUCCCAUGCUGAGUGGAAGGUCUUUGGAUUUAUUUAUUAGACAUGUGCAAUUCGUUUCGGGCCGAAUAUGAAUUCGGACGAAUUUCGGGCAAUUCGGACAUUCGGGUACUUCCAAAUGUCCGAAUAGCCGAAGUGUCGAAGUGCCGGAAUGCCGAACCGAACAAUUUUCCCAUGCACAUGCCUAUUAUUUAUUUAUUUUUGUCACGCUGCCUCCAAAUGUCUUUUGAUGAGAUAGAUCUGGGAGUAUCCAUUUUAAGGUUCAUGGUUAUCCAGUACUAAACUCUAUUUAGAAAGUAUUUAGUGCUUUGGCCAGACUCACAAUGACAUUGUUUAGUGGUGAAAUACAGAACAGCAUGUUAUCUUUUAUAAGUUUAAGGACUGAAGAAAUUAAGAAAUUUAAAUGAAAUAUGACAAAACGCCACGCUGCAGCAAUCCAAAGGUCUCUAUAAGACCAUCUGAUAGAAAUAGUCAAGUUUAACUCAUUUAUUGGGGCAGAAGCACCACAUGCAAUGUAAAUUGUGCCACAUAUACUAAAAGGCAAUAUUUUCACUUGCAUGGGUAAAAAGAUUGGCAUGCCCCAAGACCAUUUAAUUGAGUCUCUGGGGGCCUAUGGAGUCCUUUUUAACUACUAUCUGCAUAAAAUAAUGUUGCUUUAUUAGAAGCAAGCUUUAGCAAUAGAUGUAGGCUUGACUAUUAUUGACCUGAACAGAUAUAUUUUUCAUAGACCUGGAUCAGCUUAAAGGAAACUGUAUGAAAUCUAGAAUAUGAUGGACACCCCUACAAUUUAUUUUCUCUUCCUUAAAAAGUUGGCCUACUAGGCUAAUAAUUACAUGGUAUCUAAGAAAUAAAGAUCAAACUGAUAAAACAGUUACUUAUGAGCCUGUAUACAUGGCUUUGUUCUUUGAAGUUAAUUAAGAUAAUAAAAUAAAUUGCCAUAAUUUUAAUUAAAUCAAAAAGCUGACAUCUAAUCAUUGCAGCAUACCAGUCUUAUCAUUCCUACUAAAAGUCUUCAAAGACUGACCAGUAAACCUCCAUUCUACCCAUAGUGUCCAUAAAUAAACUGCCUGUGGAAUAAGGAUGCUUGCUAAUUGUGAAGGGUCUGGGACACCAAUACAGGUUUGAUUCAGUGGUUGUUUUAUAAACCCCUAUGUUCGUAAAUCGAAUACAUAGUUCAUUGAAAACUAAACUGCAAAAUUAUAGACAAAAUAGCCAAGGUCCAACUGAAGUAGAAAUUCAGAAUCUUUCCAAAUGAUUUUUAGCUUUUCUAGUGCCUGUGUGACUUUAGAAAUAUGUUAGUAGAUUAUUAUUAUUAUUAUUAUUUAUAUAGUGCCAUCAGAUUCCGUAGUGCUGUACAAUGGGUAGAUGCACUAGAUUAAUCAGAGGAAUACAGUAUUUUCAUGAGUGUACUAUGUAGAUAAUCUAUUAAAACCUACCUAUUAAGAACUGUGCGCAGAGAGAAAAGGACAGGGGACUUACAUUCAAAGACAAUAAAAUAGUAUGGUGCUUGUAGUAUCCUUUUUAACAGUCUAUCUUUACAUUUAUUAUUUCUUUGGAUAGCAUAACAUUUAUAAAAUAUAGCACAACACAUUUGCCUUGACAAUGUCUAUUGGUAUGUUAGAUUAUGGUAGUUUUUAUUUAUUUUUUCGGUUUGUUUUUUUGUGUCUUGUCUUGUGUCAUGGUUCCAGCUCCGAUGAUCAUGGCCAUCAUGCUGACUCUACCAAGAAAGCAAGAGAAUGACCACCGAAGUCUAAGACGUAACCAGUCAUUUUAUUCUGUAACAGUCUUUCCCUCCUGCUAGCAAAAAAGAAUGGUCAAUGAUCUGUCCAUACCACUACCUAUGUUCAGUCCUCAAUUUUAGAGAACUCUUGGUCAUCUGUUUUAAAGCACAAGUACAACAAAGAGUAGUUGACCAUAUGUUGGAUGACCGAAAUCCUGUAAAAACUCACACGCUGACAUAGCAUAAAUCAUGUUUAUGACUGCAAAUUUGUCACAGUUUAUCAAGUUUUCACCAGUUUGUGAGAACACAAAUGUCAUUGCCUGCGUACGGAUGACAAUAUUGAGGAGUAUGGAGAAGGACUCACAUUUAGUUUCAUCUCUAAUGUUUGGCUUUUGCAGUUAAAAACUGGAUCCAAAAGGCAAACUGGAAAGAGAAAUGAUUUCUGUUAAUCCUCAGUUGAGCUGUCAAACAGGCAGACUAGAAAAGUCCAUCAUUUUCAUUAGAAUAUACAUGCACUGUUUUAUUUUACAAAACUGAAAUAUUUGUUGAGCAAUCCAUUUGUAACUCACCAUUCGGUUUUGGAAGCAAGAAAUGCCUGCAGAUGUGUUGCACAUUGAGAACAAUGUUCCCUAAUAAUAUUCAAGCUUAAAUUUAAAUAAGCAUAUCUGUUGUUCAAUCAAAAGAAAAGUAACUACAGAAUGUUAAUAAAGAUUUUGGCUAGAUUCACAUUCUGUCUCAACUGUUUAAUUAGAUGAGAUGUUUCUAGUCUCUAUACGAUUUAUUCCUUUAUUCCUUUUAUUAUUCUGUUGUAUUAGAGUUGUACGAACUAUAGAAAUAAUACAUUUAAAACAAAUGGUCACUGGAUAACAACAAUGCAUCAAUCUGGUCUCCUUAACAGUAUUGAGUGUAAGCACAAAUAUCAGUCAAGGACAGAUUAACAUAGUAAUGUAUGCUUUGAAAUGGGCUCAAGGCAGCCGUAUGUUGUAAGGCUUCUGCGACUACACUGGUAUUCCACUCAUACCAAGCCGCUUUAUUUAUUAAUGGUGUACUGUGCAUAGAGGCUGGUUUCAUACUAUGUUCGAAGCCUGAAAGCCAGAUAUGUAACAUUGCAGUUUUACAAGGAGGCAAAUGCAAAAGUUAUGUGGGCCAACAGUAAUACGUCACACAUUUGGUCCACAACUACUGUACCCAUGGGAAUUUAAAUACAACUUUUUUCUAAAUAGGUUAUUUUACUUUAUUUUAUUUUUUUGGCUCAAGCUAUAUUUUUGGCUAUAUCUAUCACUGACUCCAUCACUAUAGAAUCAAGCUGUCCCCUCAUCAAGACUUGAUUAAGAAUAUUGCAAAACAGGCUAUGUUAGACUGGGAAUGAUUUGCACAGGUAUGUCAAAUUUGCCCUAGACAACUGCCCACUCAUUGCUCUCUCAUCAUACAGUAGAUAAAUUGUAACACAACAGUUUAGUGAGGAUGUUUUGCAGAACAUCAAGGGGUAAAAAAGCUAAGUGGAUCUAAACUUUAUUAAAUCACUGCAGUCCAGCCAGCACUAGACCUGGCACAGGGCAUAACCAAGAUAAAUGUAUUCAAUAAAGAAACAUGUGAUUCUGUAUAAAACAGAGCCAAUAUUACUAGUGUAAAACCAGCAGUAGAUACCAUCUAUGGGUGUCUCACUAUUUGGGCAUUAUUAAUCUAUUGUGCCUUUGAGAUAUCACCUCUAAAAACCAAAGUUCGUAUCUCUACCAGAGUAAUUGUUAUCAAUAGUAUAUGUAGGUUUAAGCAAUGUCCUCCAGACCUCGAAACAAGGAGCAAAAACAUGCGAAACAUGCGUGCCUUUUUGGAAUAUCCGUAUGGGGGGGGACUCAUUUGACUUAUGUUUACACUUGUGUUUUGACCGACUUAAUGGGUCUUUAUCAGACAGUGUUGUCUCUGGUAUUGUAUCCUCGACUGUUUAUCCCUCAUUGCUUUUACCUACAUACCUGUAUUUUAAGCUGCUAAUAAAUUUAAAGAACCUUUUUGUGGAGAGCUGCUGGGGGUAUUUGAUAUCACAGCACAAGCUGGGAGGUCCUUGAAAUAGUUUCCUCAACUCUACACAUCUAUAUAUUACUAAAAAAAAUUUAUUUUAAAACUAAAUAUAGGCACCACAAACAUUCUACAUGUAUAACUAGCGCGGUUAUCAUUCUUUUUUUUUUUUUUCCUUUUACAAGUAUUAUAGAAUUAUUAGAAAUAAACGCUAGACUUCUAUAUUGUAAAAUGAUAAAAUGUAUUUAAUGGUUAUGUACAGGAGAAAGUAAAAAUUUAUAUUGUUCUUUAAUUGUGGUUUUACAAAUCUCAGUAUAAUAUGCCUAUAAAUACGUUGCCACCAAAGUAGUAGAGUUGUCACUCUGGCUCUUAUUUAUGGCAGACUAUAGUGAAGGAAAAAUGGCUGGUCUGGAAAACAUCUGUUAAGGUAAGGGUAAAAGGUCACAGGUGAAUGAGAACAGGAAUCUAACCAUUUGAAUUUGAACUAGGCUUCCUAGGGUAGCAAAAGCCAAUGAAAUAUAAUACUUUACAAAAGGUGAGAGGGGCUUGAAACGUAACACGUCUGCACCCUCGAGCUGUCUAAAACAUUUAAAAGAAGAUCAAGUAAAUUUGUCUUGGGUCUUAAAUUCCUUGAGUGAAAAUAUUGAUCUUCUAUCUCCUUUGGAGGGAAGUGAAAACAUCCUCUAAAUUCUGUUUUGGACACAUACUGAUGUUCUGCAUAGUUCUUCCAAAGUCACUGCGGUGUAUUCACUAAACAAAUAAUUGGAGUGAAAUAAACAAAAUAGCAACAUAUAGCCUUUUUUAUUUAAAUGGUCUGUCUAAAUGUUGUAAUUUGUUUUAUCAAUCACUACUAAGUGUUUAGUGCAUAAAACCCAUGGAGGGCUGAACGUGGCUACGUCCUAUCCGUUAAGGUCAUGUCUUUGGAUCUGUGCAGUCUAGGUAGUUGCCAUGCUACUUUUAGAUGCAAGAUCUCAAAUGCUUUUUAUGCAUGGAGGCCUGUACAUAGGGUUGCAAUAUAUUUUGUAAUUUGUGAAUUGUAUUGUCCUCACAAUGCUCAUAUAAAAUAUUCCUUUCCUUUUUUCAGGAACUAUCCAUGUGGCAAAUUACCUAUUUGCAGUCCAUGGUCUUAUUAAGUUGAUUGAAGUACACAUAACAGAGAGCAUCUCUUUCUCUAUAUUCUUGCUUCAGUGCGUGACUAUUAACUUAAUAGGAGCUUAGAGUGCAAGUGGUUAUCCAAGCUGAGUUUUUAGAACUUCUGAAAGGAUGGUUUCCCUUUAAAAAUGUCAACUUCAAAAUAUUGGUAAUGGUAGUAAUGGCUUUGUAUUCAUAAGCACACACUACUAUUAUAGCACCACUGAUAGUGUCCUGUGGGGAUAAUGAGAAAACCUGGACUGUUUGUGUGGCUUGAUGUUGUGUGCAGCAAUGUGACUCUUAUAACUAAUGGUACUGUUAAUGUUCUGGACUCGGAUGCAUUUUUAAGGGGGAUGGAAGAGUACAGCCUAAAUGUGGUGCUUCUUAUUCUUGAACAUAUCUAGCCAGUGGGUGGAAGUGGGGCUGCCACAUCCCGGUCCUAUCAUUUAGUGUUGGCCCAAGUGGAAGCAGCAUUGUGUAGACAGAAACUCAGGAAUAGGAAGCUCUGUAGGGUUUUCAUACUUCUAUCUACUCUGACUGCUGUGUCCUGGCCAAGCCUGUGGGAAGGAACUGGGAAAGGCGAGAUGCUCAAGAACCAUCCCUUUAUGCACUUACAGGAAUUGCAAGUCAUCCAGCUGGCCUGGGAGCCAGCCAGCGUGCAAGGCCAUCUGGCAGUAAGCCAGCCAUUGUGAUCUGGCCUGGACUAAAAAGUUCCACAUUAAUCAGUGGAGGUAGGUAAGGAAAGUCAAAAGGAGGAAAGGUAACUGGGUAGAGAAGAGUGUGGCAAAGUAGCACAAGGUGUAGGGGAAGUGGAGCAUAGGAAAAAAUCCUGGCUAGGGGAAGUGGGAUGUAGGGGAAAAUGGGGACAUAGAGACACAAUGGUAGGGAAAGUGGGGCAAAGGAGUCCUCAACUUUGGUUUUUCUUUUACGUUCUGGGUAUUUUUAAGCUAGAAAAGCUGCUGUAACUCACAACAGAAUAUCUGGCUUGGUAUGUUUGAGUCACAGUCCACUCUGCCUUAACUGCAGGUACUCCCUAACCCAAGGCCGUCUUUAAAAAUGAUUGGAUCAUGAGCAAGCAUUUGCUAGGGCCGUGCCCCCCCACUCCCUCAUAUGCAAUCAUGCCCUCCACCCCAACGCAGUGGUGAAACUAAAGUUCCCUGGUGCAAGAAUUUUAUUUGGCCCCCAAUUGCAAGGUUGGACAAAAGGUAGAACCCUAUCUGUCGUGCAACUCCAACAACGCCUUGACAGGUGGGGUUCUACCAAUUUCCCAUGCUUGCAGGGUACUUUGCACUGUUUGAAUGUAAACAUGUUUUUGUAUGAAGUAUGUUUGUCUGAAUGUGUUUGAGUUUAAAUGCAAGCGUGCAUUUAUGUGUAGUGUUGUUUUUUGAAUGUGUGUUUUUAUAUAUAAUUUUGGUGCUCAGACACACUGACACACGCAAAUACACAGACACGUAAACUGACAUACUGACACAGAUACAUACACUGACAGACAUACUGACACACACAGGCACAUACACUGAUAGAUGUACUGACGUAUACACAGGCACAUAAAAAGACAUACUGACAUACUGACACAGAUACAUACACACACAGACAUACUGACACACAUACAGACAUACCCUCCCGUUUCUGAUCUUUUGCUGGAGGGUGGCUUCCCUGGCGUCCAGUGUGGUGCCUGAGGCUGAUGGGAGUGAGGAGCCAUCCUCACUGCCUUCUCCUCACUUCCGCUCUGCUCCUUCUGCUCCCGCCCGCGCAGCUGCUCUCUCCUCAUGGGAGGAAGUGACUCGUGGCAGUCACUGCCUCCCAUGUUACUGAAAAGCAAGGGCCUUUUUGUGCUGUUCAAGGGCCACUGCAAUGGACCGGGCCCCUGCUGAUAGAAGCCCACCGGGUGGCCCUAAGUGCAUGGGCCACCUGGUGGGCGUCCUUAGAGUGCGGGGCCCAAAUAAAUUGAAGGCAGCAGGGCACACACGGCAGCUGCCUUGGGCCCCCCAGGAGUAACUGGGCUCGGGCCAGCUGCCCCGUUUGCCCCGCGUUAAAGAUGGCCCUGCCCUAACCAAAUGGAUACUAUAAUUUUCUGCAAAAUUGCCUGUUGCAAAAUGUAACAUGAAAUGAUUUCACUAAAAUAUUUUAAAGUAUCAAUCCUCCUUGAUAGACACCUAGCUUAAACUUCCAUUGUGACGUCUCUAGCUACUAAUAGAGAAGGGUUCUUUAAAGCAAAAACAAAAAUCGUUGAGCAAGUUAUCCAUGAGAACUGCCUCACUCCUUCUUGUGCUGUAAACCCUGACUGAGUGGGAGAUAAGUUGCACUGAUAGCUCCUACUGACUACACUUCUGCUCCAGUGAACUGGAGAAAUUCUGGAGAGACAGCUGCUUUUAUUUGGCUUGUCAUUAUGCAUGGGAUAGAUCUUUGAACUAUAUUGUCAAUCUUCCAGCUGUUAACGGUUAUAAACGCUACUUUUAAUAAAAGGAAGCAGAGCUAAUCAUUUUUCCUCUGUCACGUUUGCAUAAAGGGCAUUGAUGCAGUUGGUUUGUUUAAUAAUAAGUGUUUUCAGAACUACAAGGUUCUUUGGAAACACAUUUUUAUUUCAUUUAUUUAUUUUCUGGGGAAUGAGCAUCAAGUUUUCUGUAUCUUUACCUUGGAUUAUAAUUUACGACAUCUCAGAAAGAGCAGAAAAUUUUAUACAUAACAUUGACAUUUGUUUGGGUUUUUUUGAAUAAAGAAAAUUAAAAGGUACUGUAAAUUUGCAGAAUGUUUGUAAUGCUUCAGAUGGCAUGUACUAUAUACAUAAUGAUAGGAUCAUAUUUUCGAAGCCUCCGUUCCGGCAUUUGGAGAGAAAAUACCAAUGAGACCCAAAAAAUGCCAGGAAGAGCUCUGAUAAAGUCACUGUCUUUUGUAACUGAGUGCGGUCUGCUUUUUGCUGCUUUGUAACAAAACCACGUACCGUUUACACAAUGUCUAGAUGUAGAAAAUAAGAAAAAUUCUGACUUCCUGGUUUAUUUUCCAGGCAUUGCUGUUGGAUUACAUGCUUCAUACCAAUCUGUGUUUCCUUGGUACAGAUAUAAAGACAUAUGGAAUGUGUUUAUGCUAUAUAAAGACAUUGAGCUCUUUUGUGUACAUUGUAAGACAGUGCUUGCUCCUUUACACUCUAUUUGUGCAUGGUACAUGGUGGAAAGUCUACUAUCUGCAGACGGCUUGAUAUGAACUAAACAGCCGUGUGCUGGAAUUUAACGGGUUUAUGCAUUUAUUAUCUAUGUUGUGCCCAUGCUCAAUUUCCACAGAUUUAAACUGUAUGGAUAAAUUAGAGCAGGCUUCCCCAAACUCCGGCAAUCCAGAUGUUGCUGAACUACAACUCCCACGAUUCUACGAAUGAAAGGCUGAGAGUCAUGAGUGUUGUAGUUCAGCAACAUCUGGAGGGCCGGAGUUUGGGGAAGCCUGCAUUAGAGCAAGCAUGUCAAACUUGCGGGCCGCAUGCAGCCCACAAUGGAUAUAUUUGCGGCCCACCUGCCCUGGGGCCACUUUGUGUUGUGGCUGAAAAGAUAUUUCCUGUCUCAUUCUGGUCUUCCCUCCCAUGGCCGAUCGAAUGCUCCAGGCAGGCCAGCCACUCCCCCUUCCUUCGAUCUCGCAGUGCUAGAGGUGCUUCUGGCCUGCUUGAGCAAAGAAGAGCCGAGCGGGAACUGGAGGGCUGGUGGCUCAUCUGUAGAUAGGGUAAGAGGGGUUUGUGGGAUCUUCCUGUGUAGUGUGUUAAAUUGGGGAGGGGGGGCAUUGUAUUAAUUUGAGGGAGGGAGGGGGGCGUUGUAUUAAUUUGAGGGAGGGAGUGGGACUGUGUGUUAAAUUGGGGGGAGGGCAGUGUAUGAAAUUGGGGGAGUGAGGGGGCAGUCUAUUAAAUUAGAGUGGAGAGAGGAGGAUCAGUGUAUUAGAGUGGAGUGAGGGGUGGCAAUGUAUCGCAUUUGUGUGCAGUGUAUUAAAAUGAGGGAAUGGGGCAGUGCAUUAGAUUGGGUCUGGAAUGGAGGCGCUGAACCCUCCCCAUGGAGAUGUCGAUUGGCCACACAGCUUUUUGCCACACAUGCACAAUAGCCUUCCAGCAUUAAAUUGGCUGAGAUCAUCAAGUUUGAUCUCAGCCAGAGUGAAGAACACACUCAUAGGACUUCAAAAUCAACAAGAUAAUGGAAUUUGUUACAUUCACCAUUUCAGUCACAUUACCAAACUUUUCUUAGUAUGUCAAGGUAGUUGGACUGAAACAUUGAUUAUAUACAAAUGCAUAUCUCCUUAAAAUAAAAUAUCUGUUUUAUUUACUUUGAAGCCCUACAAGCGUGAUGACGUCCAGUGUCAGGCAACUUUAUUUUAUGUUGUACUUUUCAAAAUUAACCUACUUUUCUAUGAAAACAGAAGUUUUUUAUUUAUUUUUUAUGGCCCACAUAAACUUAAACCUUGUUUAUUUAGCCCGUGUUGUCCUUUGAGUUUGACAUGCUUGCCAGGAAUCUCAGAUAUCAAUGCUCUGACUGUAGUCCUUAAUGCGGGAGUUGUUUGCCAUGUUUAAAAGAAAUGCUUUUGGGGUCUUUUUAUAAACAGACCCCCAGAAUGCAUUUUUUUAUUUUCAUACCCAUCAGAUGAUCAGUAUUGCCUUGAUUAUUUAAAUUAUGCUUGCCAUCUUUCAAAAAAUUUAUUUUGAGGGUGUUAAGCGAAUCAUAGAUUUUUAGCUUGUUUGAUGAGUAGCGGACUUUAUUACCUCCUCUGAGGCCCAUGGAGGUUAUGAUUUUUUGCACAAAAGGGAGGAUGUCCCCCUCGCCCACUGUUUCAGGUAACCCUCAGAUUCGUAUGUUUAAUUGGCGAUGUCGGGUCUUCAGGGACAUCACAGUCCUUUUCAGUCGUUUGACCUGGUCUGUGAGGCUUCCCAGCUGACCUUUGGUUUCACUGAGCCUUUGGUCUCUAGAGGUCUCCUUAUCUUCCUAUGUAUAACACUGAUCUUGGCCUGGGUCUUGUGGAGGUCUGCCUUUCAGACCUGUCGCAGAUUCACCAGCAGUCUCUUUGUCUCCCUUCAUGGAGGGCGAGGAGUCCUCGUCUGACUCUGAAGAGUGAUAUACUCUGCCUAGGUGAGGCGGAUUGCACUGGGUCUGAGACGCCAUUUUGGUCUGUGGUGGUGGUGGUGGUGGUGCAGGCCUUUUAAAAGGGGGGUCUGAAGUUGGGCUGUUUGGCCAUUUCUGACACCUGUGCCUAUGCCCAUAUUGACUGCAAGGGGUUGCGUCGGCUUGUGAGUGUCUUUUUGGACGAUUUAGUCUCUGAACGGCAUUGUCAUAUUGGAGCCCCACUUGUCCAGGAAGAGAUUUCAGUCAGACAGUGCCUGAUGUGCGAUAGCAGACAGAUUGACAGGUCAGGGAAGGUGAGGUAAAUGGUUAUGUCCUCAUCAUACAAGUGGUAUUGAAACCAAGGGAAUCAAUGCGAUAUGUUGCUUUUGUCUGUACCUUUGCCAAAGCCAGCACUGAAUAAGACCGUUUAGUCUAUCAUUUGACAGUUGAAAUUAUGGAGUAUAUUAAGCAGACUAACUUUAUUUGUGUAUGGAAAAAUAUAAAGCUGUAAAAUCUAUUUCAAUGUGCUCUGUUAUUGUUAUUUUGAAUUGCUCACUCACACAACUUUCCUUUCACUUAAAUCUCCUACCUAUAAAUCAGUAUCUAGGUUUAAAGAAAGUCAGAUAAAAACAGGGUCAUCUUCAGGCCCAGGGGAUUUUAUUUAAACUUGCCUUGCAUAUUCAGGGAGGGUUUGUAAUAUGAGAACACAGGUUGCUUGAGGCACUAGGCCGGACAGGUGUGAGUGUAUAAUUUGUUUUCUAAAGAAAAUCUAGAUACUAAGAUAUAGCAUUAUGGAAAAUGCACUUAAAGCGCUUUCCCACACAACUGAAAUGUUAGCUAGCGAACUGCUUGCAGGGCAGCUGAAAUAGUGCAAUACUACUAGGCUUAUGGCACAUGUAUUACACAUCCUGAGAAUGUUCUCCCUCAACCAGAGCCGGACUGGGACAAGUAUUCAAUAUGGGCAUUUUAAUGCAGAGCAUCACAAUAGGAGGGGACAGGACCAGAGAGGGGGCAUGUUUUGUCAUAAACAAUGACAUACACCUCUGUCCCCCAAAAUGUGGAAUGCCACAUCAGGGGAACUCAUGCUCAGAGCACUGCUGAAAAGCUUUUACAGGGCAAAUGCUCUGUGUUUAGUGCAAGCUAAUUUAAGGAGGGUCUUGUUCUGCAUUUGCUGCUGCUGUAUUUAUGAGUGUGGGGAUGAGGCUUGUUUUUUUUUUUAUAUUUGCUUUUGAGGUUGCAUGUGUGAUGUAGGCUGUUUGUGCUGUUGUGUGUGUGUGUGUGUGUGUUAGGCUACCUGUGGAGUUUGCGUGGGGCGAGUUAAACACAAACAUGUAUUUAACCCCCACCUUGUGGUUUACCUUGGGCCAGGGAGAUGGGUAUGAUGUAUCCUGGUGGACAAGUUUCAAACACAUGCACCUUGUCUGCAACCCCAGUGAAUACAUAAAACUACGUCCUGCCUGCACUGGGGAAAAUAUUAGGGCAUUGCCAUGUUUCAAGUAGUAGCCCUUAAGAACUAACCCUCCCCUCUAAAAAGAAAUAGGCCAAUCUUUAUUUUUCUGUGCAAAUGAGUACAAGCAGGCUUAUAGCAAUGGUAAGCUUCAAUAGUUUGCUUAUCUGUUAAAUGUUGAACUGAACAGGGAAUGCAAGUUAUUUAGGGCCAAGCUAUUUGAAUUAUCGUUGUUUUGCAAUUUGGCUUUAUUUCUGGUUUGGUUGUUUUGUCCUAAAAUGAAAACUCCUUGUUCAAUUCACCAAUUCCCAUUGCGUUCUAUGGCAUAGAUACUCCGAGUGGACUAAAAAUGUCAAUCCUUUUUUAAAGUAUUUCUCUUACAAGUUACUUUGUGUUUAAAAUAUGUCAACAAUUUUUUUUUUUAAACUAACACCUUAAAAUGUUACCUUUCAUUACUAUAAAAAAACCUUUUUCAUGCCUUCACUUCGUUUUUUUUUUUUUAAAGUGUGUUUUGAAAUACCAGUGGUGCAGUUUAUCAUUUAUCUAUUUAGACCUACCGUAGUUUUGCAUAUUGUCAUCCUAUUGUUUAGGUGACAGAAAGCAACAGCAUCCAUCAUGCCACUCUUAUAGUGACUUUCACUAAAAUGAUACGUUUGGGGUUUAAAUUGGCAUUUAGGUGAUCCGUUUUGGGGUGUUCUCUGUAUAUGUUUGUGCACACAUGUAUAUAUUGUCUUGCAGUUUAUUGCAAAUUGUAGAUCAUGCUGGGUGUUGGAAAUGUAGCUAAAUCUAAAAUACACACACAGUUUAUUGCUGCUCUCCUUUUUAUAUCAAGGCUUUUAUUGUCUAAAAUUCUGUUUCCAAGUAUUUAAUUCCAACGAAAAGUGAGAACCUUUCUUUUGACAUUUAAUUUUGUGACAAAAACAUGUCCUUGACAAGAAGAACAAAAUUGAAACACUUAGACUUGCAGUGGAUUUGUGAAGUAUGAAUACAUUUCUGUAUAUUGAAAUAAAAAAUACUGUUCCCUGUCUGCACAGCGUGCACCUCUUUGUCCCCUGCUAGAGUUUUGUGAACAGAUGAGUAUUGUGAUCUUCAAUAAUACAUUGACUGUCUUUCUACAAUAGGAAUGGUGAAUGUUUCCACUAAUAACGUGAAACUGAUAUUGAGGAUUUAUCUUGCACAAGUAAUGAGUCGAGAACUGCAGGGUGUGUUUUGAGGUUUUUAAAGCUUUUCUCUCUUUUUUUUUUUUUUCUUUGCAGGAUUACCUCAAUUGUAUUUCUGACCAAGCGAGACUUUCACUAGGAGCAGAAGAAAGAUCAGCUCUCUUCGGAAAUAUUCGAGAUAUCUACCUUUUCAACAGGUAUGUUGGAAGUAAAAGAAAAAAAAAUCUGGAUAUGGACUAAGCGUUAUUUUAUUUUCAGUAAUGACUCUUUGAGAUCUUCUCCACUUCAUGCACACUUUGGCCUCAAUGUAAUAUUUUGGCGUAAGCUUUUCCAAUAAUUUAGUAUAUUUGGAUAAACUUUGAAAAUAUAUAUAUUUUUUUUUUCAAAUGAUUAAAUUAUCUAAAAUAUAAGGAUAAAAAAAUCGAUAUAUUACAGUGUUAAUUAUUUUUCAAAACUAUUAAUUAUUUGAAGUGUAUCUAAAUAUAUUAAAUAAUUUGAAAAGCUUAUCCAAAAUAUAUUACAUCAAGCCCCUUGUCUGUAACAUAUCUCCACCUCUACGAAUAUGGUAUACUAAAAUGGAGGAGCUAAGGAUGCUGGAUGAGUUGACUCUUUCGGCCUGGUGUAGAACACAGUCUACUUGGGUAUAUGGGCCCAAUGGCUGUCUACAGCCUUCUCACCUAUCUCUUCUGAGCUACUCACCAGUAAAGCUAUGAAGCUUUGGCUCAUUAUGGUGAUACUGGGCUGGCGGUCAUCUGCGUUCUCCUAUUGCUCCGGGUUACCAGGUUCGCUCACCCUAUAAGUUUAAUUUGCCUCUCAUGGAGGCUCUUAUAUUUUUUAAAUUAGUUGGUAUUUUGUUACGUACCACUUGUAUUGUUAUCGCCUUAUUUUAAGCUAUGCGUUUGUUAACAGAAUGGACAACCCUGAUACACUGAUUGUUAUGUGCAGGCUCUUUUGUCCAUUAUUGAAUCAAACAAUUGUGCUUAUAUUUGGUGAAAAUUUAAUUAAAAAGAUUUUCAUUAAAACAAAAAAAACAAAAAAUGUAUACCCAUGCUAAAUGACAGUUUGUAUUCCCUUAUUUUAUACAGUACCCUAAUAAAUGAAUGAUGAAAUCAUUAUGCAAACUUAUUUGGAAUUUUGGCCAACUUGCUUAAGUGAUUCAAAUCUGUGGAUCUGUAAUAAACUAGUCUAAAAACUCCCUAAUUAGUUAGUAAAGUACUAAAUGGAAAUAUGUUAUUUAUGCAUUUUAUUAGUCUCUUACUGCAUUUAUGAAUCUACUCAGCCCCACAUUGCUUGUCUGACUUACUAGAGAUAUUUAAUAAUUAAUUGUUGGCUCUUCCUAGGGAUGUAUGUCUGUCAUGUAAUCCGAUAUUGUAUGUACAACUGCAUGAUUUGUUCUUAUAACAUUACACUCCACGCACCAUAACCACUGCUUUUCUGCUGGCACCUAACCACUACAGUGGGUCGUUAUGGUACUUGGAGUGUUCCUUCAAUUUUCUUUCUGGACAGUUUAAACUAUUCCACAUUCUAGAAUGUCAGAUCAAGGACUACAUUUCAGGAAGGAUUAGCUUAUAUCUAUUGUUGGUUAAGAUAUGGGUGUAAUAACACUUGAAGGAAAUGUUCCAGCAAGGGAAAAAAUAAGCUACAGUAGAUUUAAAAAAAAUUAAAAAAGUCUUCCUUUGUUUUAACCUGCCAGUAAGUAAAUAAAAUAGAUAACAAAUCUUUUUGUAAAUCUAAUUCCUACAAAUUUUUACAGAUGUUGGUAACUGCAUAUUGAAACUGGAAUUCCCCAAAGCUAGAACAGGCUUCCUGUUAUAUGCAGAUUUACAAUCUGAAAUAAAAUGGCAUUUCAAUUUAAGUGCCUUUAGUGUGUAAAAAGAGUUUUGAAUCAAUUUGUUAUAUUAUUUAAAUUGCAACUUUAUACUCAAUAACUUGUACGAUGUGUAGGCAAUACAUACCAUUAAAUUCAGCAACACAAGUUGACUUAUAAAAUCAAGUGGUGGUUAGGUUCUUUCUCAAACAAGCUUUGCAAAUGAAUGUAUAUUCCAGGACAUUAUAGAGGUAUGAAGUCACAAAAAACAUCCAGGAAUGUUAUACACUCUGGCCACACUUUUAAGCGCAUCUUCAAAAAUUAAAUAUGCAUCUUUUGGAAUUUUUUUUUUUUUUUUAAAGACCUCUCUGCAGAUAUAUACCCACACGGGGUUUCAGACUUGGUGUAUUGUCUAAUCCACACCUAAUAGGAUUACAGUUACGGUCAGAUCUGUCUCCAGCUGUUAUCUUGGUGAAAGUCACUAGUUUUUAUUUGAAAUCGAUAGAGGUUGUUAAAAUUCAAUUGAUCAAUUACAGCUAUAAGUGAGGGUAAAUAAAAUGUAGGGUGUCUCUUGACAUAAACAUUGAUUCAUGUAUCGUAAAAACAUUGUCUACUUUCUAAAUGCGUUAUUUUUUUUAAAAGAUUACUCCAACCACCAUAAUCACUUCAGUAAUUUGAAGCGGUCAUAGUGAUAGGAAUCUGGAUGUGUAGUGUUUCUGCUUAAAUACGUGUACAUUCAGAUAUAUUUGCACUUGUAUGCUACGGACUAGUUGCACCAUCGGCACACGUGACUUAGGCAGCCCAUAACUCUGUUCCUGACUGGGUAUGGUCAGUUCUGUGCAUAUUUUACGUCUGUUGUCCGCUUGCACGCUGGCAGCAAAUGUAAUAAUCUUCUCUUUUUCCGCUCCUUCCGUGAUUGUGCUACCUUAUCCCUCCCUUCAUAACUUGAAAAAGUAGGGAAAAAAAAAAAAAAAAACCCUCCUCAACUGCCCUUGCCAGCCAAGAAUGUGUGCAUGUGACCUGAGUCUGGUGUACGGUUCAAUCACAGGAUUCUUUAUGAGAAUUCUGUGUUUGGACUGCGCGAUUGCAGGGAUGAUGUCAGGAUGAGACGUGGAAUAUGGCGGCGGGAACUUCACACAGUGCUGGAUGUGAGGUAAGAUUAAAACCUUUUUGACAGGGCCUGGACCUCAUAGAGAGUAUUGUAAACAAACGGCGUAGCCGUAUAACAAUUUUUUUCAAUACGUGUCUGUCUAUUUUUCCGUUUUGCUCUUUAAAAUGCUAUUACUUUAAAAUAAACAAAUGUUAAAAAGUAGCACAUUUAGAAUUUAAGUGCGAGGAUCUCUUUUUUUUCAAAAAUUUGGAAGACUAUAGUAAAUGUGUAAUGUAUUAAUUGCGUGUCUGAACAAUGGAUCACUCUUGGUUUUGUGAUAUUUCUUUUAACAGAAGCUUUUUAAAUCAUGGUGAUGACUAUUGUUAUUCAGUGAUCAUUAUUCUAAUUGUGAAUUAUGAUUUUAAUUCUCAUAUUUCUUAACUUUUCUAGUGAGCUUCUUCAAGAGUUAGAAAACUGUGACAAUGACCCUGUUGCAAUAGCAGAGUGCUUUGUUUCAAAGGUAAGCUUUAAGUUUCAACUUUUAAACCAUAGGAUAGACAAAGGGAAAUUUAAAAUACAGAACUUUCAGUUAAAGGGUUACUUUGACAUUUCUGAGAAGGAGACAUUUUCAGUGUAAUAUACUCCAUUGGACACUUUGAAGAAAGUCCCCCUCUCAAUUUUGCAGUAAAACCUGCCAAAAAAAAGGUUUUACUUACCUGAAAUCUAGUUGUGGACAAAGCUCCCGGCCUUAUCUUCCAUGUCCCCUCCGACAUCACUGAGACCAUGUGUUAUUGGACCAUUUUGCUCCUGGCGCGCUUGGUCUAUCAAUGCAGUCCAAAUAUGGAUGAAGUGGAUAUUGCUAAUGGGGAUUUUUUUUAUCAAUACCACAAACAGAGGACCAAACUUACUAGCACCAUAAUCACUAUAACUGCAUGUAGUAGCUAUGGUAAUUUUUAGAUUGACUUUUUAAAAAUGUCUUCAAAGAGACACUCCAAGCAUCACAAGAUUAUAUACUCUCCUUGAAUAGGGUAUGGUGCAAGGAGGUUCAUUGUCUUCCUUCUUUAUAAAGAUAGAUCAUAUUUUAUAUUGAUCUGCUAGAGCUCCUCCCACAAGUAAUAGUGUGUCUGUUAGUAGAGUCCACCUUAGCCCUGUCUGGGCACCUUGUCCACAGACCCCUGGCUGUCAGCCUGGAGGACUUGGGCUGUAGAUAUCUAUAAACAGCUUGCAAAAUCUGCAAUACCCAAUGGAAGAAAUGCAGCAAUAAAUGCAUGAAUGUUUGCAUUAGGGUUAUAUCUAGUAAAUUGCAAAAAAUAAAUAAAAACAUUUUAAAAAACCCUUUAUAUUUAUAUAUUUAUAUUCCAAGACUUAAAAUAAUGAACCUCCAGCAAUCAAUGUGCUUCUACAUAUCUUUGCAAGAAAAAAACAAUAUGACAUUUCUCAUCUACCAAUUGUACUGUACUUGGUCUGUCUAGGAAAUAUUCUGUGAAAAUAAAGUACAUGAUCUCCUUUUAAUAAUGAAAACCAAAAAUAUUUGAAUCUGUCUGAGUUUUCAAGCCUAGUUUGCCUGUAGGCACAACAGUACAGACUUACCCUAAUGCUUUUAAAAUGAAGAUUUUAUGGGUGAACUCCAUGCAGAAUAGAGAACAGUAUGAGGAAAACUGUACACUUGCAGACAGAAUUGGUAAGGCUAAAACAGUUGGUUUCUUACAAUUUUUUUUUACCCUUGAAUACAUUGAUUAUUAAUGUUAUUAUAAUUUUACAAAUGGUCUAUUGAAAAUCUGGCACCAUAGCUUAAAGUGCCAAUAUAGUUUCUACUUUUUGCAUAAUUUUAAGCAAAUAAGUACUUAAAUGUCAUUAUGGCAAAAUCACUGAUGGCCAAUGCCAUUUAUUUGGUCAGUACAUACGAAGUCCAAGAUGCAAGAUAUUGCCCUGAAUGGAUUUUCUGUAAACCUUAGUCUUCAAAUGCUCAGAGCAUUCUUUGUUCAAGUAGCAUUUGUUCCAUGUUCACUAGCAGCAAAGAAGAGUUGGCACAUUUGAAUUCUUAUUAACACACAACUCAGAUCAAUAUCAGAAGGAUAGCAUAGUAAGUUGAUAAAAUAAAUCACAAUCCAUCACUCAUAGAAUUCCUUGAAUUCAUAGUUAUGUAUUUAAUUUAAAUGUUGUGCAAUAUAUAACUUUUAACCAUGUUGUUAAAAAAGCUGUGUCAAACACAGUGCUUUUGGGAGCACAUCUGGCCUUUGAAGGGAUUAAAAAUAUGUUAAUAAGGAUACACCCAUAUAUUAUUUAUUUAGAUCUCUCUGUGGGUUUGAUUUCCUAUUGUCUCACUGUUAAAAUAACAAAAUAUUAUCCUACUAUCUGCUGCACAUCUGUCUCAGAGCACGGAUCACAAUCCUCGGCACGAAAUGCAACACAGGGAUCGUAGAGACCUAUAGGGAUGGGACAACGACGUGACCACAGGAUACGUUGAAAUCCAAACGUAAUCACCAGAAUACUAGAUCCACAGGGACACAUUAACCUUAUCACCAUGGGACCUACAGCCUAACUAUGACUGCUCUAGCCACACACAAUAGGGGAACAAACAUAGAUGACCUCCUACCCAAUGUGGAAUCGCUGACAGACCCCCCUCCCCCCGACUACCCACCGUACCCGAGCUAACAGUACAAGUUUCUAUAGCAAUACAAUAUCUAUAGUAUACAAACUGAACUGUGGGGGGUAAGCGGGAGGAGGUAGGGUGGGGGUGGGGGGUGUGAAGGGGUCAGGGGGAGGAAGAGAGAAAGCGAGGGAGAGGAAAAAAAAAAUAAUCAGAGGAAACAGCUAGUCUUCAUAAAAAGGACACUAACAUGGAAAAAAAGUCAACCUCGUCCGAAAUCCCUCCAUCAAACUUGUCUUGAUAACAAUUGUAUUAUGUAGAGGGUUGUGUUUAAUGACCAUGCACUAACCUCUGUAAAUUGUAUCUUUCCCACAAACAUAAAAAAAUAACAAAAUAUGACCCAAGACCUAACCAUAGCUGUAAUGCCGUUUAGAAAGUGCAUUAAUACUCUUAUUAUAGGACCACUAAAUUUGCCCAGUCCACUUCAUCUCAAUGAAGUGGCCUGGAUGCAGUGGUCCUGUCUAUCUAACCCAUAAAGGAUUAAACACACCUCUAUUGGCUGUUAAAAAGUUAAAGCUGAAUUAAACCCUAUAUAACCUAUUAUAAACCCAUCAGUGUAAAGCUUGUUAUUCAAGUUUAUAUUGGUCAAUAAUACACGCUGGGAAUGGAAAGUCUUCACAUUGCCAAGUCUUUCCUACUCUUUAACAGGAGCACUACGAGGACCAUACCACUACAGCUCGUUGUAGUGCUUGUGGUGCCCAGAGUACCCUAGCACUAACUUCGCAUUGUAAGAAGUAAAACCAUUUUUGAACCAUUUGUCUUCCUGCUUGGGAUCUGCAAGGUAUCAUUCCACACCUCCACUACCAUCUCCCAAAGAGCUGGAGGUUUCUCAGCAGAAGCUUCUGUUGGCUCUCUCCUCAAUUAUGACCUACAAUGCCAAAAUCUGUCAAAUGCAUUUAAGUUCUGUUACAUUGGCCUUGAUUUAAUAAGCUUUCCAAAUUAUUCAAUAAUGUUAGAAACAUUUUUCAAAUUAUUUAUCUACACAAAUUCCUGUACACUUUAAUGGUGGAAAGUUUUUCAAGAGUAAUAAACCACUUAGAAAGCUAAUUAAAUUGAGGCCAUAGUAAUCGAGGUUGAAAAAAAAUACUCAAGUCCUUAGAGUCCAACCUUUAAAAAAAUAAAUAUUUUUUUUUUAUCUUUUAAUGCUGUUGGCAAAUAUAAAUAUGAAGCAAUUUUCAAUUAUGCCACAAGAAUGGGUGGGGGUAAUCAAUCUUUUCACAUACAUCUUGAAUUGUCUGUUUUUCCAAAAAGAAAUCCAGAACUUUUUUUUUUUCUUGGUAGAGAUUUCCACAUAUUUAUUGUUUUUAUUGUAAAGACUUGUUCUGUUCCUCUGUUGUAAGCGAAAGCUCAUUUCUUCCAGUCUCAACUGCACAUAUGGGGCUGUAUCUAAAUAGUAGAACAUUAUAGCAUUAAGGAUACAUGUUUGUAUUGCAAAUGCUAUAGUGUUCCUUUAACAUAUUUUAUCUUUACUGACAAAUCAAAUGGACAACUAAUGGAAGCUACUGUUUGCUGUUAAAAAGUCUAAUUCCCACUGAUCACAUUCAUUCCAUGAUAGGUGAAACACAAAGUGCUUUGUAAGAGAACACCAUUCCUUAUCACUUGAGCUAGUUGAUCUGUUUGCAUAAGAGGGUCUAUAUAAUUACCAAAUAGUUAGUCUUGCUGGGGUCAUCUCAGAACAAAUUAAUUAUUGAAUGCAAUGGAGCAUUUGAUAAAUAUUUCUAUAUUGUGGAGCAUUGACAAGGGAAUUUCAAAUAUUAAGACAAAACUUCAAAUUAGAAAAAUUCCUCAUUACAGCUAUUUUUCUGUCUGCUUAUUUUGACCCAAAUUGUGCAGUUCUCUAGCAAAUAACUGCAGUGAUAACAUGAAAGUAGUGUAAAAUCCAUUUUAGACUACCCACUUAAAUUAAGGUGUCAUUAAACUGUAGUGUAGAGGCAUUGUGAUUAAGUAUUUUAGGAGUAAUUAUAUCAAACACCAGGAGAUAACACUCAGUCCCAUGUACACAUGACAUGCAGCUGCUGUCCUCUCCAGCUCCUGCUGAAAGCAUAUCCUAUUGUGUUAAACCAGGAACACCUGUUUCUGGUGCAGUAUUAUUUUAUACAGGGGUGAGGAAGAUAAACAGUGUAGCAAGUACUGAAUUCUGAAGAAGUCUCUAGGGUUUUCUCUAUGCCAUCUUGUGAUGUCAUUAAUGUGCUCCCAAUAUGUUUUUAUAUUCAUUUUGUUUUGUUUUUUUCUUUUGCAGAGUGAAGAAUUCCAUAUUUACACACAAUACUGUACAAAUUACCCAAGGUAAGGAAAAUGUAAUAUUAAAGUUACAAUGUAAGUUUCUUCCCUUAGUACUAUUAAAAACGUGUAUUUUAAUUCAUUUGCAUUAUUCGUGUCUCUUACUGAGAGUAUCAAUUAUGUUUCAGUGGGUAUCGCACUUGCUGUAAGACACACCUCCCCUACAUAUCCCUGUUUGAUGCACAGACUUGCUUUCCAUAACCGAUUGAAAAUCCCCAACACUUUGUUGGAGAGAGCGAGCAUAUCUGUUCUCUCUCCAGUCGCUGCUUGUCUGUCCAAAACGGCUUCAAUAAAAAAUUCUCGCUCUUUCUCUCAGUGCUGCUACUACUCUCACAAAGAUCCCAACCUCUGUCCCCUCGCAUGCAUUACUAUAUCUUAGGCUGAAGGCAGGCAGGAUAGACACCCAGAGAAGGGUUUCCCUGAUAAGACAUGCAGAGCACAGCCUUCUGGCAAGAGGGAGAAAGAUUAUCUAGACAUUUGCAAGCAACUCUGCUAGCACAUUAUAAAGAUUACAUUUGAUUCUCUAUAAUUUAUGAUUAAGUUCUAUAUGUCACGACCAGUACCCAUUAAAAAAUGCAGUUAAACUUAUCCGUAAUUCAGCAACGAGACAAACUUAAUGCAGUAUAAUUUGUCCUUGUUGCAGUAAUCAAGCUUCACGAUCUGUGUUUAAUCAAAUGCUUCACAUAGAUAAAACACAGGAGGUGGCUAUCUGCAUAAUCCACCAAUCCAGUGGUUGUUUAUGAGCAGCAUUGAAUAUUCUCAUAGAGAAAAGCAUUUGAUGCACACCCAGCUUAAGGCAUCAGCCAGCAUGCAAAGGGUGGACGUAAAAUAGAUUUAGUUAUUGUCUAUUAUUGUUUGAAGCCCCAUGUUGCUGUCAGAAUGACAACUAGUGACAUGGGAACUGCAAAAUGUACACAGUGUUGUUGUUUUUUUGUUUGUUUUUUCAGAAAUUAUAUUGGUUUUAAUUGCAAACAUUAAGAUAAAAUUAUUCGGAUGUCCCAUUAAAGUAGAAGACCAGGUAUCAUAUCAUAAUUUAGUUGGUGAUAUUUUUUUGUAGCACAUCUGAUUGCAUGUUUUACCAUGCUUAUUUUAAACUAGAAGUUGGUCUGAAUGUAAAAUGUGCUGAAGACACGAUUUAUUGGCACUGUAAUCAUGGCCUUCACAUCACCCUUCAAUUGUGUCUAAAAGAUGUAACAAUGAAUAUGAAACUCACUAUACGUAUUACAAAGCUGAACUUUAUGUGAUUGAUUCAAAAUGGUUUUUAUGAUAAACCACUAAAUCACAAACAAUUGUAUGUGUCUACUGCAUAGCAAAUUUAUAAUCUCUUCGUCUCAUUUUUGCCGUCCUGUUUUAGUAGAAAUUCAAUUUCAGUUUACAGAAUAUGGAUGUAGGCAUAAAAUCCUAUUUUUCUGUUAAAACAUCCCCUGUAAAAAACAGCCGUUUAAUUAAAUUAUAUAUCUAGGCUGUCCUUGAAUCAAAUCAUGGUCAAUGGCCAACGUAUUCCGCAGCAGUUUACAAUAUGAUAUAAAGGGGAUACUUAGAAAUAAAUAAGACCAUUACAAAAUGUUACAGCAACAAUAGGUUGAUGAGGACCCGGCUCAAACAAGACUAGAGGCGGUGGGGUACAAAAACACAAUACAGAGGGCAUCCGUUGGAUAGCAACCAAACCACAAGCUGGAAAAGUAGCAGAGUAGUUAAUUUAUUUUUUUUUUAUCUAGAUAAAAAUUAGAAACCUGAAGCCUAAUUAGCUACAUUGCUUUCUAUUUCAACCGUGCAUUUUAUUAGAAUAUAUAUGUAUAUUUCUCUAUAUCCGAGUGGUUCUCGGUUAGAUUCAGAAAUCCAGUAUAAUAUAUUGGAGAAAUCUAGUCAAGGUGAGCCACAGAUAUCCUAUUGUAUAUUCAGGUUUGCAAGGAUUCCAGAAAUUGCAAUACAAUUUGUCACUGAGUGUAGUGGAAUUCUGAGUACAUUUUAUAUGCAGAUCAAGAAACCUUUUUUUUUUUUUUGCAACAAUUAAACGCACAUUAUAGGCACCCAGACCACUUCAGCUCAUUGAAAUGGUCUGCGUGCAGUGACCCUGUCCACUUAAUCCUGCAAUGCUAAUUAUUGCAGUUUCUGAGAAAUGCCAAAAGCCAUUGCAGGACUAAGACUGCCUCUAGUGGCUGUCAAUGAGACAGCCACUGGAGGCACUUCUGCUGGGUAGGCGACUUUUGUUUGCCUAACUGAAGCUGGAUGUCUUCAUGCUCUGUGUGAGGACAUCCAGCGUCUGUUAAAUCCACGUAGGGACAUCGGUGCUGGAAUCUGGUAAGUACAUUAAGGGUUUAUUAACUCUUACACUGCCGGGGAAAUACAGAUUUGUAUUCCUAGCAAUAAUGUUAUGGGAUAGUUUAUGCUAUAUUUAAAUACACAAAUCAUUGAAGUCCACAUUUAUUGAAAAUAAAACCAUUAUAGCCAUACUUGUUGGAAACCGUUAAGGCCCCUCAAUGGUUAUGUUUAUUUAUUUCACCUGUCUAGUUUUUAAUGACUCUCUAUGUAAAGAGAAAAUUGACAGCAUGACAAAUUCCAUAUACAAAUAGUGUAAAGUUCUUGCAGAGUCCAUUAGAAUUGUUUCUCUAGUGCAGAAGUCAACAUUAUUCUGUGUCUACAGGUCUGUGGCUGUAUUAACGGAGUGUAUGAGAAAUAAAAUACUUGCAAAAUUCUUCAGAGAGCGACAGGAAGUUUUACAACACUCCCUUCCUUUGGGGUCUUACCUAUUGAAACCCGUUCAGAGGAUUCUGAAGUACCACUUGCUGUUACACGUAAGUGUUCUUCACGUAAUAGAUGUUGACAUAUCCUGUGAAAUGAAUCACUUUGCCAAAUGUAAAUAAAGGAAGAGUGUCUGGCCUGGAAUUAGUUCCUAGGUGUGGUUCUGCUUCUAAAGUCUUAGUAUUGAGUACGGAAACACAUGGGUUUGAUUCCAGCCUCUGAAGCCUAAGGCGAGAAGUUGUUUAUUAUUACUGCUAAAAAGUGCAUGCUCCAUGAUCAUUAUCUUUGAAAUGUAAAAACUACAUGUGCUUUCACCUGUAUGCUCAAGAAACCUUUUUUUUUUAAAUGUAUUAUUCUCUAUAAUCAAGGGUUUGUAUGCUUUUUAGGCUUUUUUUUUUUUUUAUUACAUUUUAUUUCGUUUUAAACAAAGGACAUGAAAAGGAUAGACCACUACUACUACACACUACAUCCACAACGGACGCUGUGACAUAUACACUGUUGGGCAACAUAAUGACAAACAGCGGACUGAAACAUUUAUCAGACCUGACAGACCAUAACAACUCCACAAUGGCCCAAACUUUCCAAUAUCACCAACUAACACUUUCUGAGCUCAGAGGGGUUACUACAUUGGGCACCGAGAGAAGAAACACAGUUCGAGAAACUAUGCAUGAAGCCCGCUACUAGAAAACUAACAUCCCAAUGUUUCCACCUGAUACAAUCCCAACUACAAUUGCCUACCUUACUUCACCAGAGUGGGAAAGGAAUGGUUCUCAUCACCGGUAGAGGAUAGGGAUUGGGCCCAAAUAGUCACGAGAAUGAUGAAAACACACCCCAGUGUACCCCUACAAGAAAUAAAUGAAAUUUUUUUAUCACAGUGGUACGUAACCCCAGUAGACGCCCACAGAUUUAACUCCCAAAACUCCUCACUAUGCUGGAGAUGAUAGAAAGAACAGGGAACAUACCAACACAUUUGGUGGUCAGGCACAAGGGUGGGGGGAUUCUGGAGGGAGGUAGCUUGAAUCACAGAGCAACUUAGCAAUGUCACACUACCCUUCCAACCGGAGAUGAUUCUGUUCCUUCAUAUCCCAAUCUCAAUGAAAAAAUUUAAACACUCACUACUCUUUUUCCUGCUAAAAGCAGCGAAAUUGGUGGUAGCGGGAAAUUGGACAUCACAAACCAGGCCUUUGAGGAGGGAAUGGUACCAAAAGAUAGACAACAUCCACAAAUUGGAGGAUGACUGCCCUAGGCAGAUACCACCACUUUGAUGCCACCUGGAAACCAUGGGCACAAUACCUAAAGGAGAAAAGGUAGUCACCAAGGGUGGGGGGGUACUUAACAGGCGAGACCAACUUAAAGAUCACAAGCUAGCCAACUAAUGAAGUGCAGAACCAGAGUAUAUUACACGGUCGUUUAGACACUUUGGGUCUACCCACACAACACGAUGCAAUUCAAUAUAUAUAUGGGACUAGACCAAUUUUGUACAUAAACAGUCAAUAUCUGAACAAUAGACUGGGAACAAGAAAUAUAAUCACAGAGUACAGAUAGGCCCUUGCCAGCCUAAUGAGACUAGGUCCAACUGAAGCAACACAUACACCAGAGAGACACCAUCACAUACUAUAUUGACUCUAAGUGACAACAAUGUAAGAACAUAUGCCAACACUUGUUUAGAAACAAUAUUGUGUAACUGAAAUUGCUACUUUGCAACAGAGAUAUGACCUGUAACUCCACACCUAACAUAUAUUUUCUCUUCUGUAUUUUCACUGUUUGAACUUUCACCAUAUUUCUGUGUCUGCAAAAAAAAUUUUUGGACAAAAAAGUAAAAAAAAAAAAAAAAAAGGGAUACAUGUGCAGAUAUCAUCAAGUAGAGCAGUCAAAGACACAGUGCCUGGGUAUAUUGCAACAAUUAUCAUGUAAGUAGCCAUUCAAACAUACUCCCUGGAUAAGUCAGUAACAGUUUGCCUAGUAGGUGAGGAAGGUUAUUUAGUUUUUUGUUUAGUUUUUUUACAGUUUUAAAUGUUACACCCAGCAAGCACUGGUUAGCGACCAAAUGGAUCAUUCUCGCACUGCGCAGGAUUUUACCUAUUUGGCAGCUGGCUACUAGCGCUGGCCCAGACUUUAUGCAUCUGGUCUUGAUUUCAGCUAUUGGUGUUCAGUCCGCCUAAAAAUCAAAACCAAAUUUGGAGUAAUUCUGAGCCAGUAGUGCAAAAUCUCGAUAUUGUUAAAAAAAUUUAAAAUUCUGAAUUUUGCAGUCCAAAUGGGCAUGCGUGUAACUGCAUCAUUUUGCUCAGUUUGGUAUGGAGCCAUUUGAAUUUCAGUGAAUAGACCUCUAAACGUGGGAAUUUUUUGUGUUUGUUUUAAAGGGACACUUUAGGCCAGGCGUAAGCAAACUUUGGCACUCCAAGUGUAGUGGACUACAUCUCUAUUGAUGGUGUAAAAAUAUUAUUGGAGAUGUAAUCCACAACAUCUGGAGGGAGUAAGGUUGCCUACACAUUUCAUGUCACAUUAAUUAUACAAAUUAAUACUAGCAAUGGGUGACUGUAAUAGGCAGAAAAUGGUUAGCUGACUCUCAGCCAAUUACCGUCACCCGUUGCUGCUCAAUGAUUACUCAUUAGCCAAAGCAGCACAGAGGAGACCAUAUAGGCCAGUAAGAUUGUAGGGGACACUAAGUCACCCACACCAUUUAAUCGCAAACUGCAAAAGUGUCAUAUUUUAGAAACUGCAAUGUUUAAAUUGUAGGGUAAAGUCUACCUCUAUUGGUUCUGACAGAGGUAAAGUCAUGUGGAGCAGAAACCCCCAUAGGAAAGCAUUGACUCAAUGCUUUCCAAUGGGGAAGUUAGAAUGUGCACGCAGCACUCGUUGUGCAUAUACCUUAGGUUUCUAUUGCUCCGCAAUGAUAUCAUUGGAUAUGGCCAUAACGGAGGCGGCCAUUCCUCCAUCAUGGGAGGAGCGUAGGGGAACAGUGCCAAGGUGCUGGAAAAAUGUAAGUAAAUCUUUCAAUUUUUAUAGCAAACAGGGGCAACCUAUUUCUUACACUAUAGCGUUAGUACAGGUUUGUAGUUCUAACACUAUAGUGUUCCUUUAAAGGGACACUCCAGACACCCGCCAGCGUUUGGGAUCUGAAGUGUAUAUCUACUAAACAGUAUUUAAAAAAAAAAAAUUACAUUUGGGAAGUGGAGUGUCCCUUUAAUCACUGAAAAUUUUACUUCAUGAGUUCACUAAAGGGCAGGCAUGACCACAUUUAUGCUGUUCUCUGUUAUAGGAUUUGCAGUGCAGACAGAUUAUCAGCAUUUGGCUGGUAAACCUCUAAGAGUUUAUUGUAAACACAUGCAUGUGUGAUUCAAACUCUUCUCCACUAGCAUGCUAUGUACUGUAUAGAGAGAUGAUUGCGUAGGAAUUGAAUAAAAGUGUGAGUACAAAGUAUAGCCAGUGUAUAUGCUAAACAUAUUGAUAUGUGAUCACCAUCCAUGUUUUUGCCCAUUAGGAAAUAUCCAAUCACCUGGAUAAGGACACGGAAGGAUACGAUGUUGUGCUGGACGCCAUUGAUACAAUGCAACGGGUAGCAUGGCACAUUAACGACAUGAAAAGGAAACAUGAACAUGAUAUCAGGCUUCAGGUUGGUUUACUAGCUCAUGUCUAUUUGGACAUCUCUCUUUGCAGUGAGAUGGAGUUUGCACAUGUCCAAAGCCUUCUCUUGAAAACUUUAUGAACCUUUGAUUCUUCAACUUUUAUAUUCAUAUGGCGAUGUUGCUGGAGACUAUGGUUGUAAACUUUUGGGAUGUGCAAUGUAUUGUUGAACUUAAAGGUACUCCAUGAAGUGAGUAAAUGUCAGUAAAGUGGUAUGUGUGCCAUGCCCCCACCUCCCCCUUAAACCAUGCAACUGAAAACACUGUCCAAGAGAGACCAUCUUACUGACGCAGCAGGAUUUUUAGUCUUCCAUUUUUUUCCAAUGGAAAAAUGUUGUAUUGCCU